AUGCAGUCCCGGCAGAGCAGCUCCUUGCACUGCAACGUCACUGUUCCUCAGCCUCAGGUUCCUUGUCUGUAAAAUGGGAGCAUAGAGCAACACCUACCCCGCCUCUCGCUCUCUUUCGGUUGAAGCUAAACGAGAUUAGGGCUUUUUGUUGGCAGGUGGGGGGGUGGUGGCAAUGGACGACUGCUAGUACUCUUUUUCAGGGUCUUAUCCAGGAAAGGGGAAUUGAGAAUCAACGCAGCCAGAGAGGACAGAGACGGGCGAAACCAAUGGGAUUCACAGAGAAGAACGUUGGGAGAACUUGUAGCACUUGUAUAUAGAGAUAGAGAUGUUUGUGGCUGUCAAGGAAGUGGGAAGCUCAUCCCCCAAGUUGAAAGAGGGGCGGAAUUAUACUUCACCUUGGGGCGAUUCUGGAGCUGCUUUACGAGGCAAUGCCCUAGGCUUGGUCUAUAGGGUUGGACAGGCAAAAAGUCUGGGCAAGAUGACGAGCUGUGUGUUUCGUCUUCCUCCGACGGGCUCCCUGUGGUCUUACCACGCAGGUUCAGAGGGGGUCAAACAGCUCCCCCCUUUCCCACCUGCCACCCAAAGCUCAUUUACUCCAGAGUAGCCCCAUUCCAGAGGACUGCUCCAGAGGAAGCGAGGGAUGGGGUCGCCUGGAAAGGAAGUCUGGGGGGUUUUGUUUUUGUUUUGGCUCGCUCUGCUUUCUGAGGAGUCAGUCACAUAGGGGAAAGUGCCAUAUCGGAGCAUGGGCUCCACCUGGCUCAGUAGCGUCUACACGGACCGGCAGCGGCUCUCCAGGAUUUCAGGCGGGGCGUCUGGAAACGCUAGAAUGAACAUGGGACCUUUUCCGCGCAAGGCAGGCGCCCCACCGCGGAGCCACGUCCCUUCCCCAGAGCACAGCGCGAUCUGCGAGGCGGAGGGGUGGGUGGCUGGCUGUCAAAACCAAGGGAGCCUCCAGGUCGCUCCAGGUUUCCGAUGCUUCCCCGUCGGCGUGUCCUUCUGCCUGCUCUCGCCUCCUUUACCUCGAUGGCAGGACCUGGACAGCUCCCGCUUUGAAAGCCUCGCCCUGCGACGCCGAAAGCCUCCCAAGCGCGCAAACCACAAAAGAAAAGGGGGAGGGGUGGAGAAAUGGGGUGUGAGGGACGGGGGGGGUGGGGAGGAAGAAAAAGAAUCCAGGCAGCCAGUCAGAUUUUCCUUUAUAAAGCCUCAAAGUGUCCACGUCCUCAAAAAGAAUGGAACCAAUUUAGCAUCCCCAGCUCCUGCCUGCCUCCCUCCCAGCACCCCACCUCUUUCACCCCUCCUCCCUCCCCCUUGCGCCUUCCUCUUCUCUCCCUUCCUCGCUUCCAGAUCUCCCUCUCCCCGCCCCGUCUAACAGCAGCUCUGCCAAAACGGCGGGGACAGGUUGGGAAUGAGAAGAAGAAGAAAAGAAAAAGACGUCACGUGACGCAGGCCCGGGCUCCUCGCAGCCUGGCCCGCCCCUCCGCCGAGCACGGCGGGCUCUCCCAUUGGCUGCGGCGCGUUCUACGGCUCGGCCAGCGCGAGGAACCCCCUCGCCGUAUAAAUAGGGCCGUCGAGGGCUUUAUUAUUUUAGCAUCCCGGGCAGCAGGUUUCUGCUAAGUUUGGAGUUACUCGCCACCACGACUGUAUGCCUGCGUCCCUAAAGUUCUAGCUCACCACCGACCCGGGGACUCUGAAACACAAGGAGUCUGCAUGUCUAGACAGUAGACAUGCUCAGCUUUGUGGAUACACGGAUUUUGUUGCUGCUCGCAGUAACUUCAUGCCUAGCAACCAGUCAAUGUAAGUGCCUUCAGAUUGUUUGGAGCAGGGUUUGGUGGGGAGAGAGGGAUUUGGGCGGCGGCGGCGGAAUCCUCUCCUAACUUCGUCCUAAGGAAUGUUGCCCUGCCGUCGAAUGCUUCCUUUCUCCGGGAGCUGCAAGGACAAGUUUUCGUGCAGAUCUGGGUAUGCUCCAAAGCCCGAGAAACUGCUGCCCACUAUAACUCUACCCCCCCCCCCCCGGGAAGCCCCAUCCAGUUAGACUGAGUUUGGGGGGGAAUCGUAGUUUGCAUUGACUCCAGCUGGCAAAAGAGCUGUCUCUUAUUUCCAUAAGACGGAGUGAAGGGAUGAGAGUUCUUUAGAGCUUGCUUAAACUCGCCCCCUCCCAGCCCUCCUUGGCUCAUGUGGAGAGGUCCUGGCAAGAAGCCAAGCAGUCUUUUCUCCCACACACCCACGCACCUCUCUCUCCCCUUCCCCAUACUCCGCCCGCCCCCCCAUUUUAAGAGAAAAGCAAAAUUGGGGUUGGAGAAGCAAUGCAUGACAAUGAUAAAUCCAGAACUCCUAAAUUUAUCAGCAUCGCCUCCUUGGAGAACUUCUAGUGGUUUGGGGCUGGGGACGAGUUAUUGUCCCGAUUUAUCAAGGGAUUUCAGAAAACAACAGAUUCCCCCAAAGUCUUUGAGAACAGUCGCUUUUUAGGGCGUUGUACACGAGCUUUGUGCAGCGUUUUACGGAUGCUCAUAAUGCGCCCUCUAGAGGGAAGGAGGCGGUAGCGCAGAGGACCCGACGUGGAGCGUGUGGAGUCCAGAUAGACCACCAAGCGCUUGAUAUAUAUGAGACAAUUUAGUUACUCCUGAAUUACACGCAAGGAGAGAGAGGGCAGAAAUUCUGUCGCGAUUUGCUCAAGAAUGUUUUGCUCUUAUUAAUUCCGGGAAGGGAAGGAGACACGCUUUUAGAAAACUACAGCAAACCAGGAAAAGUGUACGAUUCCUGACCUUUUUGUUUGAGAAACAAAUAUGACGAAAUGGAUAUUCCAGACAUCCUCCAAACAUACCCUUUUUAAAAAGCUCUAGCGACCUCUUCUGGUAGAUGAGAAGUAGAAAGUUUCUCCCCAGAAAAUUCAUCUAUUUUUAUGAUUUCCACACUUGUCAGGUAAUUCACGUAAAUUCUAUUACCUUAGAUUAUCUGUAGGCCCCCAUGUGAAUAAUGUUAAAUAGUGAAACUUGGCACAGACAGCUGUUGCCAGGUUAGUCCCAUCAAAUAGAUAUUUAUUGCAUUGGUACCCCAAUGUAAGAUCAGAGUGGUGUUUUACCCUCACAAGAACCCUGUGAGGUAGGCUCAGCUGAGAGGUGGCCCUUUCCCCAAGGCCACAAUUUGUUUCACAACCUGAGUGUGGAUUUAAACUUGGGCUUUCUAUACCCUAGCCAGACUUGCUAACAAGUGCACCACACUAGUGAUGAUCGUUUGGCAUAGAGCAGGCAAUCUUUAGCUUUAUAUCUGACUGACAAAAAGAGUUCUGCUUAACUCAGAACUUUUCAUGCUGCACAAAUGGAAAGUGUCCAGCCCAAGCAUCACUACCAUACCAGUUCUCUGUGGUUUAAAUAUGUGCAAGGUACAGCCUUCACACUGGCUCGUGCCGCACAUCCAUGCAUCAGAAACGCCUGUGGUCCUUUGUACAUUGCAUAUGGCAAGUGCUGUCCUAUAACAGAAGCAUUGGCCCUGCUGCCCAAUACAUAACUGGAUUCAAUGGAACAAGUUGGCAGCCAGGGGUCCUCCUAGGGUUAUUGCAAUUAAUGACUGAGCAUUCGCCAAAAUUAAUUUAGGAACACAGCUGUCUUUACAGUUGCGUUCAACUCUUUACCAAUCCUACAACUGCGACUAGAGCCUCUCCCUUUAGUGGCAGUGAGAGAGAACGGGUUCCCCAACCCAGUUAACAUUUAGAGAUACUCUCCCAAAAUAUAGAUCUCCACAGCUAAUCCAUCAAUAAGCCCACCUAGCAAGUUCCAUUUACAAGUUCCAGUACCAUGUCAAAAAGAAUGUCUAACUUUAUUCCAUCACCUUAUAGGAACCAUUAUCGAAAUGCUUUUGAUAAUUACAAAAUUAGUCAUUUCCACCCUAAUCCAGUUUCCUAUCAGAAUCCCCAUUCAUAUCAGUAUCAACUUUGUUAUUCUGUACCGAUGUUACUCUUAAAAUGUUUAAACAAUGAUUAUUUCCUUGAGAUAUUAAGAAGAGAUAGUCAAGGUUUCUCAUCCAACCAAUGGUCUAAGAUAUACAUUUAGAGCUGCCAUCCUAAACAUUGUGUUUAUUGAACACAAUUGGACUUGACCUCCAGAGAAUAGCAUAGUGCGCUCUAUGCUGUAGAUUUUCACUCCUUAAGCAAACUUUUGCAUUUAGCUACUCUGAUCAUGGAACAAUUCUCUCUGGGUGAGCAGCUUUUCCAAAUUGCCACUCAAAAUUCCUCCAUGGCACAUGAAUGCAUAUGUGCAGACUGAUUGAUACCGUUUCCUCCCCAUUUUUGUACUAAUCUGUAAGUAAAGCUUCUGGAGGCUCUGACUUGCAGAGAGGAGGUACAUAGCCGUGACUCCUUUUUUGCUCUGCUGCUCAGACAGAACAUUUCUCCUCCUCCUCCUGUAAUAUGCAGCAUUCCAGAUGCAACUCACAGCAAGCAGGGGAGCAGGAACUAAUGGAGCAUAAUUCCCUGUGCCCUUAGAGCAAGGGUGGGGAGGCUGUGGUCCUCCAGAUGGUUGUUGGACUGCAAAGUACAUCAUUCCCCUGAUCAUUGGCCGUGCUGGCCGGAGCUGAUGGGAGUUGGAGUCCACCAGUAUCUGAAGGGCCCACAGGUUCCCCAUCUCUGUCUCGGAGUGACAGGCUUUGCUCUUUGUGCUCCAUUGGCAGGAAGGAAAUGCUUAACAGGACAAUUGUUCAUUUGUUUUUAAAAUAAGAAUGUCCAAUGCACAAAAUGUGGGCUAUGUUAGAAAACUGUAAUAAAAGUUACAGUACUAUUCCUAGGAUUCCCAAAGCUGCUUUUGGUAUGCCCUCCCCACCCCCAGUGGAAUUUUUGAUCUUUUCUUGGAACAGCAGGCCCCUCCCACAAGCCACACCACAACGCACAUGGAGGGUUGCUAUUUGAGAAACCCAAGUUGUGCGCUCUCGCUCUCUCGGCAUAACCUGCCUCAUAGGGUUGUUGUAAAAUUGGAGGGGGAAACCCUGUAUGCUUCCUAGAGCUCCUUGGAGGAAAGAUGGGACAUAAAUGUAAUAAUAAUAAUAAUACAUACAAUAAUGAAAGGCCGAAUUCCCCUUGGGUAUACAGACCUAAGUAGCUUGGCUUUGUCAGAUCCUGGGAUUCCACCCGUUAAGCUAUUUUGAAGUAUGGCUAUUUCCCGGCUUAAAGUUUAGCAGAAUAACAGUGCCAUCCCAGACAUGCCUUCUCAGAACCGAAUCUCAAUCAGCACAGUGGGGCUUACUCUUUGGUAUGUGGGUUUAGGACUGUAGCCUAAAUAGCGUGAAAGAGAGGGUUGGGGGGGUUGCUAACUUAACUUCUGAAUUCCAGAAAAUCCUAUACAAAUCUUCAGCAUAAUCCUGUUCAAGGAAUUCCCAUAAUCUGAAACGAUGUGAAGGAAUAGUGGGUCCUAAGUUUAGGUUAAUGUUAUUUACAAGAAUAUGGACGACCUCGGCUUGAAUCAUCUCAAGUUCAAAAGCUCAACUCACUGUUUUGGGCUUUCUAUAGCACCUGCACACUUUCAAAAGCUGCCGUUGCAAACAUUUUCAAGGGGAAAUGUUGUGUGGUCCACGGAGCCUCUUACAUCAGCAGAAAGCACAUUUGUGCGUGCUUGGGGGGUUUUGUCUGUUUCCCUUUAUCUCACAUCCUACGAGAUCUUGCUCUGCAGGAGGCCCUCUCCUUCUGGGGUCACAUUUCUUUGGUGUGUGUAACAGACAUCAGUGGGGGCAAGAAAAAUCCCCAUGGCACAUUGAGCGUUUCACCCGUGGCCCUGUAGAACCAAGUUCUGAUUCUUAUAAAAGCCUUGGGCUCAGAAAAAAGCCUUUCCAAGUUGGACAGGCCCUCCUUCUGUCAGAGAUGUGUUGCAGCAAUCAGAAUGUCAUCCACUUUAAAAAAUGUCGUUUCAUGUUUACAUUUCCUGCCAUUCGUCUUUGAAAUCACAACUAUCGUACUUUUCCGUGUAUAAGACUAGGUUUUUUAAAUUAAAAAAUGAUGUUCAGAAUUGUGGGUUGUCUUAUACACGGAUACAAUCUCCCCCCAUUUUCUCAAUUUGGAAUCCCCAAAAAUUGGGGGCCCCUUUUUUACAUGGGGGCAUCUUAUACAUGGAAAAAUACAGUACAUUGUUUCACAUGCAGACUGUUUUGAAUCUUAAACAUUAACCAAUUUUUUUGUUGUUUUUCUGUUUCCCCCUCCAGAUGUAAAUGAGGUCAGUAUCAUUCCUUUCAAAAUAAAAUGGACAAGAGUGGGCUAUUUUAUUAUCUCCCUACCUCCACCCCCCUGAAUGGCCACUUACUAACUGCAGCUGCCAAGAAUUGCAUGGGCAAUACCACUGCAGAUUAGCAUCAUUAGGAAUGCCCAGAUUUGUGCCCACCCCUAGUUUCCUAAUGGGCCGUCCUUCUUGUUAAAAGGCUACCUUCAUAGGUGAAUGUAAGAUUAAGAGGAUAUUGCACAGUAGCCAGAAGGGUCUUGCAUGCACAGCUAUUCUGGAGAUUCAUAAGUCUAUUUUAAAGCCAGAGAACUGUUAAAGACAUCUUAGCACCCGUAAAGCAUGAAUGAAUUCAGGUAUGACUUUUUAAUAUUGUGCUUGCAUGAUGUAGCAAAUACUAACUUGUAUAACUCUUUCCCUACCCUCCACCGCUUGUUUAAUUUGCUCUGCCUUAACUUGGCUGAGUCUAGUACUUACCGUGAAAUAUUGCUAACGUUAGAUUUCUUCUAACUUCAUAUUCAUUCCUUUCUAGGAAACGGAAGGACGGAGGGUAAGCACAUUUUAAGGGAUUUUCUUAAGAAUUACGGAGCUGUACUCUGUUCCUGGGUAUCUGCUACAGUUUUAAAGAACCCAGAAAUGCUGAAAAUAGGAUUUUUGAAAGGCUGCAAUUUAAUACCUCAUUUCGUGGUAGAAAGGCCUUUAGAAGUUAGUGGGGCUUACUAAGCAGAGGUCCUUUUUACUGUCAGGAAAAUCCAAAGUGAAAACCUGAACUUCGGAGUAAAUGCUAUUAAUUUCAGGUGAAUUUGCUUUUGAACACAACUGAGAUGCUUAGUAGUACACUGGCAGUUUUUCUUUUAUACCUCUAUUUGGAUGCUAAUUGCACUAAAUUCCCUGGGGCUUACUCCAAAGUAACUGUGAACCUUAGGUGAAAAUCCAAUUAAGUUUUAUUCAGAGUAGUCUCCUAGAAAUGAAUGGACCUAAAUUAGUAGCUUCCAUUAAUUUCUGCAGGCCUACUCAAGAGUAGGACUUGGAUACAGCUCAGUAAAUUUAACUGAAUUUUUGCGGCUUUAGAUGCUGUGUUUAGGAUUUAUGUGUAAGUGGGUUGAAGCCAUAAUUUUAUCAGCAUGAAAGCUGAUCUGGUAUGCACAGGAAAAAUAGCCUUCUUGAGACUCUCUGAUUUUAUGGAUGUCAGAUCAUGUUGCAGAUUACUAAAUAUUUGUGAGGAAACGCGUUUGGUUUGGAGAUUAGCAGCACAAUCCUACUCAGGCAUAAACUCCAUUUGGAUUUCCUCUGAGGAAAGUUGGAAUAGGAUUGCAGCUCAAAUGUGAAAAUAAAUGAAUGCUUGUCACUUAAUGAAGAACUAAUUGAUAGUACAUUUUUAUUUAUGCAUAUUUGUCCUCUUGGUUUUCAUUGAAAGCAAGAGUGUGUUCAAUCUCUGAAUUCCUUUCAGUUCUACCUAUGCUCUAGUUUUGCUUUUUUCAUCAGCAGACAGUUCUUUUUAACACCAUAGCUUUCUGCACGUAAAACGAUUGCUUGAAACACUCAUUUACAUUUUUGUUGAUGUUGUUCUUUUUCAGGGGCCCAGAGGAGAAAAAGGGCCACGAGGAGAUAGGGUAAAGAACCAUGAUUAUGUUCAUUUUGCUUGUUAUGUCUAAAUCAUGCCCUGGUGAAUAAGGAAGAGCAUGGUCCAAAGCGAAAAACCUGUGGUACCACCCCCCACCAACCCUUGUUCAGAGUUAUGACUAUUUUUGUGUGCAUCUUCUGAGAAAAUUCAUAUAAAUGAGGCUGCACUGUGUACAACUGAACACAUCUAUUUGGGGGGAAAGUGCUAUGGGCACUAUUUGGAAAGGGUCAGGAGGGCUGUGUGGCUUUAGGUAAGGCCAGAAUUUGGACAGAGUGUUACUGAAUGCCUCAAAAGGUCUAUUGCAAAGGGCUGAAGUGGUUAUUAUUCCCAUUGAAGUGUCUUAAGACUGAUUUGCAGGUAAUAGCUUUUCAAAAAAAAGCAAUCAUAAAACCACAGUAUGAUUAGCAAAGGCUCAUGGCUCUGGAAUUCCUAUGUGAAUAAAUAACAUCCACCAGCAAAAUCACUUGAGUCAGAACCUUAUAAAAUCAAGAAUGGAAAUUGAGGUCACAAUCCUGAGCUCCUAUGCUUAUUCCCCUGCCCGCUGCUUGUGCAUUGAUGCAAGCACAUUGUCCGACACAGCAGUGCUGUUUUUCCUCUCCGAUUCCCUCACAAGGAUCUCUCUGAAGAACCAUUUGACUCAUUCAUUGCACAGGUGAUGCGACCUGAUUUCCCCUCCCUGUAAUAUUGGGUGCAAUGCUUCUUCAGGGUUCAGAGGAAGGAAGAGGGGGAAAGCAGGUUGUGUUCAGAGAUUGAUCCGUUGGGUUGGAAUUGCCUGUGGGAUUUCUGACACAGAGGUCAAGGAAUGUGCAUGGCUGAGGCCUCAGAGGUGCAGUUGCUCAGUAACCAGAGUCCACUUUACGUGUGUGUGUGUGUGCGCGCACGCGCGCAGGUGUAGCAGAUGAAGUUGACAAUGUGUCAGGGAGCCAGAGUUGAUCCUAUUACUCCCACCCACCCCGCCCAGUGAACAAAUUAAUUGGAAAACAUGUGUUUGCUACCUUGAAAAAUGUGAAGCACUAUGAGGGCAAUUUGGUAAUAUAUUACUUAUUGCUUGUGCAAUUAAGUAGCUUUAGAUUCUGGAUUUAAUAGUCUUACAGGGAGGAGGGGCUCCCCAAAGUGUCUUGCUUCUUUCACUUAAAAAUGUGCUGCUUGACCCCUAAUAUGUCAGGGAAGGUGGUCCUUCUCUUCUGAGUGGGGCCCUGGAUUUUUGCCCUCAAAGUCUUUCCCUGACAGCAUCCCUGCCAAAAAUUGGGCCUCCAAGAAUUGCUUCAAGAUUUGUUCUUCCCUCGGUAGUAGCUUAGAAUGAAGUAACGGUUGCUGUUCAAUAUUUAGCAUGUUUAAACCCAAACAAUUUGUGACCCACCAUGCCGAUCACAGUAUUGUGUUAUUAAGGAGCUCCCAGGUGCCUGACAAGAGCUCCCUCCUUCCUAAGUUUUGAAGGCCUAGCUUAGGUAGCCAAAACCUGGUAGUUGCCAUAAACAGCUUGUGUGCUGGAUUUGACUUGGUGGUUGGAGGCCUAAUUUAGGACUAACAGUGUGCUAAGGAACCAAGCCUUUAGCCUGAAAUCGUCUGUGCUGUGUGAGAUGCACCCCAGCUUGUUUGAAAAUGGUCACUGCAGAUAUGGCUACAUUCUGAGUUGUUCAGAAUAUUUCAUGCUUUAAGUUAUUAAGACAUGAAGAUUCCUUUACUAUUGUGUCGGAGGCCACCUUGAAUCCAAGAGUCUGUAGAUGGAUACUUGAUAAAGAAGUAUCUGCCAUACAUCAUGAAAUAUCUGAUGACUCAGAACCAGUUUAGGAAAGAUUCUGACUUUGAGUCCAUCCCAGUCUAGCCUCUUGUUACUAGAAUAGAUGUUGGGUCAUCUGAUUAACAUGUGAGCCACAAUUAUUAUUAUUUAAAUCACAUCAGUGAUAUUUGGAAUGCUUGUUGUUAUUUGGAAUAAUACCCUUAGACUCUGAAUAGGCUUAGUAAAAAUUGACCUUUUUAUCCACAGCUAAACACAGAAUUUGCAGUGUUUUGAUUAGCACAGAAUUGAUAAGUGCAAUCUUUGGCAGUUGUAGCAAAAUGGGAUGGUUGAAAAACCAUGAAACAGAGAGUGCAUUGAGUUAUAAUGCUUUGAUAUGUUUCUUUUCAUUCAACUAAUAUAGUCUGGAACUAUAUUACUCAACUAAUGGGAAUUAGCAUGACUGUUUGUUCUGCUGAGAUUUAUACCAUUUAAGAACAUCAGUCUCAGAGUUAAGGCUUGUGCAAACAAAUUUGUCUCCAUUCUUAUAUAUGAAAAUCAUUGUGAUUAUUGUCUUUGCAAACACACUUGCUCAACCAAAUGGGGCACAAGCAACAGUUAAGUGAAAUCAGGAAAGUAAUUAACUUGUUUGGACCUCUCCAAAGCCAAACAGCAGAUAACAUGGAGUUAGAACAUGUACUCAUUUAAAGGCAGUUAAAAGGUUACUACGAUAUAAUUAUCCUAGCAUGGCAAGGUCUUCCCUAGCACAAUCUUUGUAUGAUAGCUCACAAGGAACAACCUUCUCUAACAAUGUGUGGCUAGAAUCCUUAUCAAGCCUCAAAUCAAUGCAUUAUUGAAGUUUUUAAAGACAUUAAAAAAUGUGAAUGGAUGGUAUUCUGCUAAUUUUUUCUCAGAGUAGAUCCAUUGAAAUUAAUGGACCUAACUUAUAUCCAUUAAUUUUAAUGGACCUCUUUUUGAGUAAAACUUAAUUGACUGUCACCCAGUAAGUCCUAGCAUUAAUAUGCCAACAAAAUGUUAAGGUGCUCAGCCUUUUCCACAUGUUAUGCCCAUGAUGAGAAAGCUGUGGCUCUCCAGAUGUUGCUGGACUCCCAACUCCCAUCAACUCCAGCCUUCAUGGCCAAUGGUCAGCCAUGAUGGGAUUUAUUAUCCCUCAACACAACAAGCAAUAAAACUGCUUUAACGUUUGCAAAGCUAAGCAGGGUCUGGUAUGGUUUCAAACUGGAUGGGAGACUGCUUGUUGAGAUUCCUGCAUUGCAGGGGAUUAGACUGGGUGACCCUCAGGGUACCUUCCAACACUAUGAUUCUAACAUCUGGAGAGCUUCAGGUUCCUCAUUCCUAUGUUAAGGCUGCAAUUCUAUUCUCUCCUGCCUGCAAAUAUGAAUAUACGUACAUGCAUAGGAUCACACAACUAAAUCUUCUAGUUGUCUGAAAGCAACAGUGACACAUUUAAGUGGUAAAGUACAGAAACACCAGCUGUUUCGAUUGUGCAGACUCAUAUAUUUGUACUUUAAAUGAUGUCACUGCUUUGAAAUCUUCAGUAGCUAUUUAUAUAUUUUUAUAACUUAACGUUGUGCAUUUUUCCCCAUAGGGUCCAGCAGGUCCACCAGGCAGAGAUGGUGAAGAUGGUCCACCAGGCCCCCCAGGCCCCCCUGGUCCUCCUGGUCUUGGCGGAGUAAGGCAUCCAAUGUUUUAUUUUACUGAAGUUGAUUGGUGAUGUCUUGAAGCAUCAUAAAAGGCCUGUCACGUCAAAGGCAGGGACCAUUAUCUUUAGCUGUAUCUUCUCAGGCAUGUAUAGAAAUAUUGUUGAGAUCCAUAGGUAGGAACAUCCUUGAAGAUACAUAAACAUUUACGGAAGGAAGGAACUUUUUCCAUUUUACUUUGAUUCCUUCUGUCUCCCUUCACUCAACCUCUUAUUUGUGAUGUUGCUGUUGUUUAAAAAACAAGCACGAAGGACUUGAGAUGUAGGAAUGCAAAUUUGUUACCCUGCAUUCAUUUUCAUUUUGGAUUAGCGUAUAUUAUUUAAAUUCUGAUCAAGCUCUUCUUUAUUAGCUUUCCUCUUUAACUCCUACAGAACUUUGCUGCUCAAUAUGACGUGUCCAAAGCAGCUGAUCCUGGUCCCGGACCCAUGGUAAGCAAAUGCGUCCUUUCUCGCACAGGUACAUGCACAAAUUCAAAUUGUGCUAGUGUGUCUUGCCACUGAUGGCGACAGAGAAUCCCCAAGGAACAGCCUGCUGACAGAAAUCUGCCCACAUUGUGUCUCUGCUAUGUAACUGACCUGCAGACCAUAUAGCAGCAUUAUACGGCCCACUGUACCUCCCAGCCCAGGCAUCUAGCAUUGUCAUCCCUUGCAAGCCAUGCGUGUUCAGAAAAUGCAUGGGACCCCACUAUUCCUGCAUCCAGUGUGCUUCUUGAAUGGAGAAAGCCCAUACUGGGGAAGAGUUUUGCACCCUACCCAGGUCACUUCCAAGGAAGGUAGGUCAGCUAUCCAGUGUUCCUUUGGUUCCAACAUAGAUUCUGAUAGAAUCCAGUGACUGGAGCCAGGAGACCACUACAUUGCUGGCCUUCUCAUGAGACAUGAGCUGGAAGGGGAGAAACUCCUAUCCACCCAUGCAGCUCUGUCCCAACAUGGGCUGCCAGAUGUAAUGCGUUGUGAUAGGUGCUGGGCUUGGCCACUUAAUUUCUUCACCUGUGAUUCUUGCCCACCUGGCAAGACAGCCUAGAGUCAUCAGCACUAACAAGCCCAGUGAAUUGGAAGUUGGCCCAUUGAACUUGGUUCCCAUGAAAGGAGUUUAGCGCCUGAUUAGAAGCUCACCUCAUUGAUUUGAUUUUGAUGGCAUUUAUGUCCAAGGGAAAAAUACUGCAGUCAGGUUUGCUGAAUUAAUGAUCGUCAAAAAUGGUCAAGUCGUCUCAUGCUCUGUGGUUAUAACAGUUUUUAACAAAACAAAAACCAUCACCUGCACAGUUAGGAGCCAUGCUUUGCAACACGUCAGCUAUAAUACAAACAACAGGUUAAAUCGCCAAAAUAUGCAUGAUGUUUUGUAACUUGUGCUUCAGUGCCAGCUUCCCCAUCCCCUCCAAAAAACAUGGACAGCAAGGAGAAGGGGGAGGGACCUGGUCUGAAUUGGGACCUUGGCAUGUGGCAUGUGUGUAGGGUUUUUGGUUUUUUUUAGAUGUGGUCCUGAUCUGGAUUGGGACCCCGACACUUGCAAUUUGCAUGAAGAUAAAAACUACCAUUGAAGUGAAUGGGAGAUUUCCCCCGGCAAUGCAAGCUGCAGGUGUGGUUUCCUGAUUCAGACUGGGACCCAUUGUGUGGGGCAAACUUUUAAAGCCCCUACUGUCCUCCACACACACAUUUGGGUGCCCAUCCAGAGUGAAUCCUGUGCCCUGGCAGUUUGCACUCAAGGGCAAGCUAUGCAUUAAACAUUGUGUGUAGUUUGGCUCUAAUAUAUUUCCUAGAAAGUAAGCUCCACUGAACAUAGUGGGAUUUUUUUUUUUUAAUUCUGGCAUGGCUUUUGGGGCACGCUGUUCUCCCAAAGUGGAUUUUAAAACUUAUAAAGAUGCAACAAUUUUAAAACUUAUAAAGAUACUGUUAAAUAAAAAUAAUUAAAAAUAAUUAAAGUUAAAAGCCAUCAGCUGCUAAACAGUUUCAGCAUAGCACAUUCAUCAAACCCAGGCUGACGGGAACAUGCCUUCUUUAAAAACAGAAGGGACAAGGGACCAGUUCUGCCCUGGGAAGGAAUAGGCCUGCCACUAAGAAGGCCCUGCCAACUGAAAGUAGACUAAGAACUUGUUUCCAAGGGUAAAGAUGCAUGGGAUUGCCCAGACAGAAUUAGAUUUAUUUCCAAAUGGAUGUGUUUCGGAAUAUAUAAAACGUGAACUGAGUAUGGUAUUAAAAAAAAAAUAGUCAUGAAGGAACUUGGUUUCACAACAAAUAAAAAAAAAUUAAAAGGCCCAGAAUGAACUGUCAUCAUCCAUUUGCAUCGAAAUGCUAAUAUAUACACAGUAUUUUUGUAUUUAGUACCUGAAUUCCUGGAAACCGUAGACCACUUCAGAUGUUCUCUCGAAGCCUUGACAAGGCAUGAAGAGUAUUCUUCCAUUCCUCAUGCUCCCAGGUCUGGUCUGAGGAGAGAUUAUUUAUACAGCUUGCAUGGAGAGAUGCUCAUUCUGUCCCUUCUUUAGGCCAAUAUGUGUCUCUCCCCCCCCCUCAAGAAGGAAGGGGAGAGGAAAUGCAAGGGGCUGAUGGUUCCUCUCAUCACUUCCAGAGAAUGCUGAAGUUGUCCAGAGUGCCAUUUCUGAUAUUUCCUUUCUCAUGUUAGAAAGAGAGAGGAAAUUGUGUUGUUGUUUUUUACACAUGCACACCGAUAAAUAUAACAUAUAAACAUAAGGUUGCAACAUGGCGGAAACAAAUGGGGCAACUUCUUUUAAGAAGUCACAAAGGUCAAACCUGACUCAGAAAUAGGUGGACUGUGAAAAAGGUCCCAGGAGCAUUGUAGGACAGGGCUGGUUCCAGAGGCUGGUAAAACUGGUUGGACAGUGCCUCAAGACCAACUGUUCAAACAGUUCUGCCAUUUCCGCUUUGUGCAGUCUAGGAAUAUUAGGCACAAUUGAAAAAAAUCUCAGUGUGCAUUUGCCACCUCUUUCCACAUAAGGGAGUCUCCAUUGAGGGUAUUUUCCUUCAGGGCCCUAAACCUCCAGAGACAGUACUGCCACAAGACAUAAUGCCUCAGGGCAGGUUGACCAGUUACUUGGAACCAUGUGGUAGCCACAUCUGAGUUUACCAUGUGGCACCUAUAAUCGUCUAGUGUGUAACUUGGCCCACUAUUCCCCUCCCUCUGCUGCCUCCCCACAUUGUUGUGGUUGCCAUGUGGUGAGCCUCCACGAAGGUACCUCAUAGCUUCUAGUCUUCUCAAUUCACCCUCAUACUUGUUUAUGAUUCUUCCAGCUUCCCAAGGGUGGCAGCCCUCACAUUUUUUUGUCUCCUUCCGUAUAUGCAGCAACAGCAUGUAUGAGGGGUCAGAGUAGCAACAGGACUGUGCUUGCCAGGACGGGGCAAGAUGGCGGCGAGCUCAGCAGAGCUCUGAAUUGGUGGCGACAACACAAGUUUGCGUGCACCUGUGGAGUCACCACCGCCGCCGCCCAGCCAGAGCUGCCCUGACCUCUCUGCCAUUUUGUCCUUUCACAAUCCAAGCAAGCACAGCACUGUUGCCACUCUGCCCCAUCCUUACUGGGCAGCUUUGCCAGGAGGGCGCAGCUGCCAAUCCACCCCCACCCCUCAUGUGCCACUGCCGUACACAUAUUUUUACUGCUGAGAAGUCACCUCCUCCAGCCAAGAGCACAUAAGCCAGCACAUCAAUACCACCAGCAUGCAUUGUAGCUCUCACUCCUCACCCUUCUGUUGCAUGCUGGGAGAAUGCCAAUCCUGCUCUACAGCAGGGUCGGGCAACCUGUGGCCUUCCAGAUGUUAUUGGACUACAGCUACAGCUCCUUCACCGUUAGCCAUGCUGUUUGGGGCUGAUGUGAGUCCAACAACAUCUAGAGGGCCACAGUUUGCUUCCCUCCUGCUGUAUGGUAUGAGCACAGUGCCCAAUGUUUGGCAGAAUUUGGAAUGGUACAGCCAUGCAGCUGGUUCCAAGACCCCUUUCCUGAAGUUAUCUUCCACUGUUUGCAGAGCAGUGGAAGAAAUGGGAAAGAACAAUGUUUUAGAGACACUUAUAGCGAGUUGCAGUAUCCUUCAAUGAUAAGCCUAGAGAGAAAUGCUUAGAGAAAAUUAAAAAGUAUAUUGAAGCUAAUGGUGGCUAUUAAGAGGGCAGUGGUCAUAUAUUAUGGACAACAUACGAGUAAUUUUAUGUUCAGGUGCUUUGAUGUUCUCCUGCAUAGUCCUGGACCCAUUCUCCCAUUCCAAUGAUUCUUCUGAUUUAAAGCUCCAUGUAAUCUCUUGAUCCCUGAUCUUGUGGCAUCUUGUUGCUAUGAGAACUUCAAGGUCCACAAGGUCUUUUUUGAUCACUUAAAUGGGGAGGGCUGCUCUGCUCUGCUCUACACAUGCAGAGGUGCUUCAACCAUCAAAGUGAUAAAGAAAAGCCUAACCUUGCAGAAAACAUUUAAACAUCCAUAUUGAGAAGAGAUCGUCAAACCAUUAUCCAUCAGCUUGUGCCACCUGUGCUUAAGGAAUAGCCACUGAUUUUUCUCUGAACAUAUUUUUGUGCAAGUGGUGGGAAGAUCAUUGGCAGACACCUGCUUGGAGUCCUUCCUAGACAACAGGGAUCUGCUUGAAAUUAUUGUAGAGUAAGCGGUUUGAUCAUUGAGGCUAAUUAAAACCAGUCUUGGAAGAAAACAAAGGUUGGCAGCUCCUCUUCCUGCUCCAUUUAUUUGCAGCUAGGACUAUGGGCGUAUUUAGGGACUCAGACAUUUCCUCUAUAUUCUUAUUCAUAAAGAUCAAUCUGGUGAGAAUGCAGUUCAAGGGGGAAUGAUCUGACACAGUGACAUUUUGAAAACCCAUCUGGGCCAGUUGCCAGGACUUAGUGUCAAAAGCAGCCAUUUGGGCUAGUUGUCAAAAUCUUUUGGGUGAUGAUGGGAAAUGCACCAAUGUGUGAUUCCUCUAUAGAUGUCCUCCUAAGGCUCCGCACAGCUGGAGGUGGGAAAACCACAAGAAACAGGAGCAGGUGGGUGGCAUCAGGAGCUUUGAGCACCACCCACCUCUUUGCAUGACUGCUCUGCCACAUGCUGGAAUGGAAGGGCAGGUCAGCCUACCAGGCCUGUUCCAUGGGGGAGUUAUCACUAUUAUUAUUUUUUAAGUAUAUGCCAUCUGAUUUCCAAAGAGAUUCAUUAGAAUUCCAGACAUCACCACAGUGUGUGUGUGUGUGUGUGUGUGUGUGUGUGUGUGUUACAAUUCACUCCCCAUCACAAGAUCAAAGUAUUGACAUUAGGAAAACCCCAAACCACAAUAAAUUACAAAACGGCCAUCAGACCCAAACAUCAAAGGGAAGCCAGGUAUGUUAUUUGAAUCUCUAAAUAUCUUGGAAUCCACCAGAAUCCACCUCCCUGCCUCUGAAUCUGAUGCAGCUCAGGUUCCACAAUUUCUAAAAUCAAAGACUGACAAUCCUAAAAUAAAAGUUAAAUAUAGUUUAAAAAAUGAAUAAACAUGUAAAAGCAGGCAAAUAUAAUAAAGCAGUAGAUGAAUAAUUUUUGUCUGAGACAUUUCAGGUAAGCUAAAGCACAAAUUUUAAUUCUUUUCCUUCUUUGAAUAGGAGUCUGUUCUUAUGUACUAUAUUAGCCUUCCCACAUCUGCUGGUGCCCUCCAUAUCUUUUGGACCACAACUCCCAUCAUCCCUGACCAUUUGCCAAUGCUGGCUGGGACUUAUGGGUUUUGUAGUCUAAAACAUCUGGAAGACACGUGGUUGGGGAAGGUUGUACAAUAUCUAUAGCGUUUAAGGCAAAUUACAUAUGCGAAUGUAAGGAUGAGAGGCAAAUUUCAACUAGUGCUAGUACUAAUACUAUGCUAGCAAUAGAUAAACACAGGAAAAUACAGCUUUGACUUUAUGAUGCUAUGCUACUAAUAUAAUCUAAGGCUAUUAUAAUAUUAUAAUCAAUUUUUUUACUCUGUGGUUCAUGGUUUAAUCUUGAAGCUUGAUUUCAGGCAAAUGAUUAACAGUGCCUGAAAUGUCCUAUGCAUGUCUCCUUAAAAGUAAGCCCAUUGCGUUUAAUGGUACUUAGUCCCAAGUAAGUGCAGCUCAGGAUUGCAGCCUAAGUGAUACUGAAACCACUAGCUGGACCAUCAUUUUACUAUUGCAGUAUAUUAACUAUUUCUUUAACUUUUCCCAGGGUAUAAUGGGACCCAGAGGCCCUCCUGGAGUAACUGGACCCCCUGUAAGUAUAUUUGGAACACAGCCAUUAGUAGGAAGAGAGAUAUGUUUGAUACACAUGCAGAAAGCAUCAGUUACACAAGUUUUGCCUUGACUAGACCCUAAGCAGGUAACCCCACAUGUAUAAGAGGUGCCCUAUAUUGACAGGUCCGGGACUGCUGUUGUCAGUCCCCUGAUAUAGUUCUCAGUUUACAAACUGAUGAGCCAUGACCUUUCUGCUUUCACAGUUUCCUGGUUCUCUUCCCAGUUUGCACCUUCGUGUUCUUGCCCAGAAGGCCCAAAACACACAAUGUGUUUGCCUGGUAUCUCUCCAUGUUAUCACUGGUCCACCUGGUCUGGUCUAGACUGGUCUGGGUUGAAGGACCCCAACAUUUGCCUGAAUCACAGCCUAUAACUCCCCAAAUCUCACUCUGCUUCCAUGCCCAGUUCUCUUCUCCAAACACCCCCAUUGCUAGAAGAGUACUUACUUUUCCCACACGUAACAUUCAAAACCGUAUAAAAUGUCUUUUGUCGCCCACCCUGCUUCUAGGGCUCUCCAGGCCACGCGGGACAUGCUGGUGAACCCGGUGAACCUGGUCAAACAGUAAGUGGAACCAUUUUUAUUCUAUUCUGAGAAUGACAGGAAUUCUGAAAUACCCAUUUGCAAUGAAGCCCUUCCCCCAGAUUUAAGUUUGGGCCUAUUAUCUGAGAUUCCUUUGCAAGCUAGCAAGGGUGGGAGAAGCAAGAAACGAGUUCUGAUUCUGCUAGAGCCCACGCCUGCUUGGUUUCCUCAAAGCGGAGGGAAAACACAUAAAAGAGCUUGAGGGAGACAAAGGGUUUUUGCUAGACAGGUAGGCUUUAGAUUUCUGCAACUCUUUGAGACCACUGGGGGAGCUGAAAUCAGACCAAACACCAAGUCCUCUGAUAUAUAUUUUUUUUGAAACCCAGAAGCCAUAAAUAAAGAGCCCCCCACCGCAAGCUUGGAUUAAAGAAUUCAGAUCUAGAACUCUGGCUUAGUCAAGUCACUAGAUCAUAUGUAGCAUGAGAGAACUAUUGUUUUGUUUCAAAUGAACCUUUUUCCCCCAUCACUAGGGUCCCCAAGGUGCUCGUGGUCCAAUGGGUCCUCCUGGAAAGCCUGGUGAAGAUGUACGUAUUCAUUUGAACCGGGAUUUUGGUGGGGGAGGGGGAAUCAGUAGGAGCUAUUUCCUUUUCCAAACAUUGGUUAUCAGCAUUUGUUAUGGACUGCCCUCUGUGUCCCAUCCCCACCCACACUCUUGUAACCAUCACUUCUGGUACGAAAGCUCCAUUUCCAUGUGUUUUGAUUGCUUGAACAUGUUUCCUAAAUUCCACUGGAAUGCCACCACAGUGUUGUAGUGUAUUAAAAGUUUUAAGGAUAUUUUAAUGGAUUCUGCAACCCCGAAGCACUUCGGUUUUUUAAAAAAGCUGGAUUUCCCAACUGUUCUGUUUCUGAAAAGUAUCUCCAAAAAGAUCUGCAUUUUGUGAAAUUAAGAAAUGUGCAGUGCAAUCCCAGAGCGGAAGUAAGUCCCUUCUGAGUUCAGUAGGACUUACCAUACCCUUUAAUAUAAGUACCUUAAAUACCACCUCCAUCAUAAGUUCUUGUCCUAAAAAUAUCGGAGGAAAUAUAGCCUUCAAAUGUGACAUUAUGUCUCCUGAGGGAAAGAUGCUGCAUGUUUAGUAAGUUUUUAAGUUAUUAUGUUUUUUUAUACCUUGCAUAGAGAUAUGUUAAAUAUGUGCAGCUCGCUUGCUUUUGCACACAAAAGAUUUCAGUCAUCUCGUCUAAUGUUUCAUUAGGGUCAUCCUGGAAAACCUGGACGACCUGGUGAGAGGGGUGUUCCUGGACCUCAGGUGAGUUUUGUGUUUUCUGUUGCCUGUUUAAUCCGCUGAUUAAAUCUGUUUGCAUAACUGCAGGAUAGGAAAUUAAAUUACCAGCCACCACUCCUUACCAGUAGUUUUAGUGUAAGUACAAUGCCACCCUCCCACUAAGGCAGAGAUUCUAGCUAUUUACACCUGCUGGAUCUUAACACCUAGCCAGAGAGCAGCACUAUGAAGGUUGCCACAUGAUGUUCACUUUUAUUCUACAAGGAAUAUGGUAGUAGUGUAUCUGUUCCUAAGCUAUGGAACUCUAGACUAUUACUAUUAAACAAGCAUUAACAGUACCUCUGGGUAUAGGGCACUAUAUAAAUUCAAUAAAUAAGAAUAAAAUAAUAUAAAUAAAAAAUAAUAAAAAUUUGUUUCAAAUUCCAGUUUAAGGCCCUUCAGUUUAAACAAGUAAAUUAUCUGAUGUGAUAGUGCAUACCAAUAUUUUUUAAAAAACAUUAUUGGUACUUAUUCAAAGGUAUACAAAAAUACAUAUCCAAGCAUUUUUUAAAUAUAAUAUACUGAGAUUAAACAGCUACUUAAUCUGUUAGAGAGCAAAGCCAGAAGGAAGAAAAGACAAGAAAAGGAGAAACCUAAAGAAAGAGAAAAUGAGGGGGGAAAGGAAAAGUAAGAAGAAACUAAAGAAAGAUAAAGAAGAGGAAAAAUAAAAUGACUUCUGGUUUUCUGUCCUGCAGCUACAUAUGAUAUGACAUUCAUUCCUUAAGAUCCAACCAUUCAAUCUUCUAUAAACCAGGUGUUAAGAUCAUUUUCUCUUUCAUGCAAAAAGUCCAUAAGAAAUUUCCAGUCCUUGACAAAUGUCAGUAAAUUAUUUUUCUCUAAUUCAAUUUUGCCAUCUCAGCCAAGUCCAAUAGUUUUAUCAGCCAUUCUUUUAUAGUGGAUAGGGCUGUGUCUUUCCAUCUUUCUGCAUCAAUCACUGAUAUUAAGUACUUCUGUGCAAUUUUAUGGAUGGGUCGUGUUCACUUCUGAGAUACUUUGCUUGUUGUGUGGCAUAUAAGUCUAUAAAAUGAACAGAAUUUGGAACAUUUUAUACUAGGGAUCAGCAACCAGGAGCCCUUGAGCUAAAUAAGCCAGCCCCCCCCCCCAUAAAGACAAGGGAGGGGCUAGAGCACAAUGACAGAAGAUGUGCUUUGCAUGCUGAAGGUCUCAGGUUUGAUUCCCGACAUCUUCAGCUAAAAACAGCCAGUAGCUUGUGGGAAAGGCUCUCUGUUUGAGGAGCACUGCUGCUCAGAGUAGACCGUAUGCACAAAUAGUCUGACUCUGUAUGAGUCUGGACAGCUUUGUAGGCUUAUGCGUCAGGCCAGCUUCCUGACCCAAAGGCAAAAGCAGUGCAUAGAGGGAUCAGUGACUGUGGCAAUGAGACUUGCAAGCAGCUCACCUUGGUGGCUGGGACUAACAUAUUGCACCCAAGUACUUUGUCUAGCAGCUUUUAUUUGAGAUGUUAAGCCUUCUCUCUCAUUUUCCCUCCCAGGGUACUCGUGGCUUUCCUGGAACUGCUGGCCUGCCUGGUUUCAAAGGAAUAAGGGUGAGCAUUUGACUGAAACAGGAACAAAAUUAAGGGUAAUGACAGUUAAUACAUCUAUGGUGUGUUAUUCUGUGCAACUACUGGUCUUAGACAGAAGCCUAAGGCUUGUUUGCCAAGGUGGCAAUAAAAAAAGCUUCUGUCUUCAUCGCGGAUGCCAACUUGAAUAAAAUAUUGGGGGGGGGGCAGGUAAGUCCCGCCCCACAUUAUUGAUCACAUGAUGCAGCAAGCACACGCCAUUUGAAUGGCAAUGACCAUCAACUUAAGGGAGGUGUGAUCAUAAAUCUCACAGGGUGUUUAGUCCCAAGUCCUGCAUGUGUCUGUGAUAUGUCAUUGACAAAAUUUUGAACGUACAAUCAGCACUUUAAAGUAUAGUUUGAAGUAUUUAAGUGCAGACCAAAAAGAAGCCUGUAUACCACUUUCCUUCUCCACCCGAAGGAAGUGGUAGUAACUGCUUCAUCAAAACAGCCAAUGACCGCUGUUCACCUAGUCUGCCACAUUCCCCUAGUUUACUGUGGCCCUUUCUAACUGUCUUGAGAAAGGCCAGUUUUUUCUCCUUUAGGGAAAAGGCAUUUCCCUAAACAACUGUGCGUUGCUUCCCUGUUUCCAGGCCUGGCGCCAAAUGUUGGCCACGUUGGGCACUGGUCAAGGGCACCUGCCCACUAGCCUAGCCAUACCAUCCUUCACUGCCCUCCCUGCCAGACCCUCAGAUGUUUGUCAGUGGCAGGCAGCAGUGCUGGUUUUGUGUGGGAGCCAAUCUCAACUCCCAUCCCCGGUGGACACUCACAUUUUUAAAUUACCCAAAGUGUAACGUCGAAUGCAUAGGUCUCUGAAAUAUUAUCUAGGUAGGACUACAGAACUAUGAAAUAGAUUUCAUAGGUAUGGGGCCUGGAGCAUUGCUUUCUGGGUAAUCUAAGAUGGCAGCUGGCCACCAUGGAUGGGAGCCAAGCUUUCUCCCAUUUGAAAGCACCUUUCCACCGCUGAAGCAUGUCUUUGGGCCUGGUGGAGGGUGGUGAAUGGUGACAGAGAAAGCAGUGGCAGGAGAAGCAAACAGUGGCAGGCUGUCAUUGCCACAAGCAGGGCUAGGCCCUGCUCUGGUUAGGGGACUGCUGGGCCAUCAUUGGCAACAUUUCUCCCCAAGCCUUGCACUGUCCCUGCCUGUUUCCACUUUCCCCCUCCUCUGUUUUUUCACUCUGUAUCAAAUUUUAGGUUUUUGAGGAAGAAGUCCCUUUUCAAAGCAUCACGCAUGUUGAAGGCACUGUAUAAAUAAUGAGAAGCGGUAAUAGUCAUCUAUAAAGCUACAAAAACAUACGAACUGAAGAGGGCUGUCAAAGUUUGUGUCUGAUGCAGACCAGAACCAAACUAUGUUAAGGAAAGACAACUGUGUCCCUCCUUAACUGACGAUGAUCCUUUUCAAGUGGGGGAACCAAUAUGGUGAAUGCAGAGCAAUGCUAGAGUUGUGUUUCAACCACUGCAUGAUAAAGAAAUGGUUUCCUUAAAAAGGGGGGAACUAGGGGGGGCACUUUACCCAUCAGUGUUUCUUCUUCCAACAUAGGGACACAACGGUUUGGAUGGUCGGAAAGGAGAACCUGGUGCUCCCGGCAACAAGGUAAAAAUGACUUUAUUUUAAUAUAUGUUACAUGGGUAUUCCAGCAAGAGCACAGAGUACAUGGCAGCCCUUCUGUUUUAUAUCCUGCGUGCAUGUUUUGUUCUCGUAGGCUUUUAUCCUUCUAAGAAAAAUCAGCCUAUGCUAUGAAUGAAGGACAACAGCAAUUUGGUACUAAGCCCUUGAGAUACAUGGACACAACAGAAAGUCUCACAGUUCCAAAUUCUAGCAUGGGAGCAAGAUGAAAUAAAUAGCCAGCUUGCUCUAAGCCAACCUUCCUCAACCUUUGGUUAAGCAGGCUGGGGCUGAUGGGAGGUGGAGUCUGACAACAUCUGGGGAUCCAAGGAGGUGGAAGAACUCUGCACUUCUGGUUCUGACUCCGAAACUUGGGAUUGCCAGUAGGAGCCUCCACCAAUCCCCCAAAGCAUGUGGCUAGUUUGAACUUGCCCCUGCCACUGCCUGAGUUGCUCAUGAACUCUGUGUGUGCAUGUAUGACAAGAGUGGAAUUCUAGUACCUGCAGGUUUAUUGUUUUCCCCUUUUGUGUGGGGAAUACUAGAAAUCCCAAAAAAUACAUAUGUAAAUACAUAUGUGGGACGCAGUUGGUGCUGUGGGUUAAACCACAGACUAGGACUUGCCGAUCAGAAGGUCAGCGGUUCGAAUCCCCACGACGGGGUGAGCUCCUGUUGCUCAGUCUCAGCUCCUGCCAACCUAGCAGUUCGAAAGCACGUCAAAGUGCAAAUAGAUAAAUAGGUACCGCUCCAGCGGGAAGGUAAACGGCGUUUCCGUGCACUGCUCUGGUUCGCCAGAAGCUGCUUAGUCAUGCUGCUUGGCAUGCAGAAGGCCCCAGGUUUAUUCCCCAGCAUCUGCCAGGUGGGGCUGGGGAGAUACCCUGCUGGAAACUCUGGAGAGCCUCAGCUGGUCAAUGUAGAUAACACUGAGCUAGCUGGAGCAAUGGUCUGAUUUGUUACAUGCUUCCUAUGUUCCAUUAGUAUUGGACUAAUUUAGGUUCCCCCCCCUUUCGGGGGGUGGACUUUACUUCUGCAAACCUUGGUGUUCUGCCAGGCCUGCUGCUCCUCCCUCUAGACUAUGCUUGCUGCCAUUUUUCCUACAAAAGAAAUGGCGCUCACAGCCUGGACAUCAGAAAUAGUGAGAAUCAUGUGUUGAGGCAAGCCAGCAAAUGCAUGUCUCAUAAGGAACUGGCUUGCACUGACAGGCCUCUCCUUUCACUAUUGGAGUGAACCGAAGCUAGUAGGUGUUCUUGAGACUUAAGUGUGCAAGUAUCAAAAUAGGAUAUGUGGGAAACGAGAGCUUUUAAACUUGCUUUACAGCCAGGAAUCUCAGAUAUUCCUUUGUCUUAUUUCUGUUUUCAUGUUAGCUCAGAGGUGGAGCCAGCAAACCAAAUGGCGCUUUGAAAUGCAGCUGGGUAGAUAACACCACUCUCAGUCAAAAAACUAUGGAAACAGAAAGCUGAGAAAAAUACAAGUUGCUCCAUUGGUCCCAAAGCAAGCCAACGUUGAGGGAUGGGGCCUCCUGUAUUGAUCACAAGGAGAUGGGUUGGCCUUCUAGCUAAAUGAAGACCCAGGCUCAGGGAGAGUCAGGAAGAAGCUUAGCUUAAUCUCCCCCCUCUUCCCUCCUCCUCUAGUACGGACACAAGGAGGCUUUUUGAAAGCUUUCGCUUCCAUUUUCGAUUAACCAUCGCUUGCUGUGUUGAAACUGUGGCUAAUAUUAACUGUGGCUUGUCUGAAACCAUUUGAGUUCAGGCUAUGGGUUAUGAAGCUGGUUUGUCUCAACAAACCAUAGUUACAGUUAAUACUGGGUUCAGUUUCACAUGUGGCCCUCAGCUGGUUAGUUGAAAUUGGAAGAGAAAAUGUAGAAAGCCUUUCCUUGCAACCACAUGGCAGGAGAGGGAGUGCAAAAGCCCAGAUAGAAAAGCUAGAGCUUUUCCCAGGUCCUGUUGCAUCAGCCUGUAUCAACUUUGGCAGAUACCAGUAGAGUUUCUUUGGCUGAAAUCUGUGCAUCUGUUAGCUUCAUGGUAUAUGAGACCUUUAUAGAUCAACCUGUCCAGACACAUGCAUGCAAUUGUGGUGGCUGCCUUUAGCAAAGCAUGUUUAUCUCAGUCCCAAGAGUCACACUUCAGCUCCAGUGAAAUUAAUGGGGCAUAAGAUUGUCACACAGUUAGCUUUUUCCUUUACUUUUGCGCAUUUUAUCUGGGCUACAGCCAACAUUUGUUCUAUCCCUCUUCUGCAAACCCUCUUUGCUAACUAGAUCACUAAGCUGAUAAGAGGCUUUACUUUGUAUGAACUUUUGUGUACUAAUUUAAAUGCCAGAAGUGUAAACGUUCUGAAUGCAUCUUUUGCUAAGUCAGUAAUAAGACUUGCAAGGAAAGGACAACCUAAACCAUGGGCUAAAUGGAGAAUCGUUGUCAUUCGCAGGGCGAACCUGGUGCCCCUGGUGAAAAUGGUACUCCCGGACAACCUGUAAGUAUUUUCUCUCUGUGACUUACACAAUAUUAAGUCAUCAAAAAUCCUGUUAUCAUUUGUUAAAGUUUGCUAGUUGCUUUCAUGGAAUUCUCAGUGUUCAAUAGAAAUGAUGCUAUUUGAUUAAAAUAUAUGACUUACUGUGUUUCGGGCAGCAGUAAAUCUGCAGUCCUUUGCUCACUUGGGUGUGUGCCAAUCCCACUGAAUUAAAUCUGAGUUGAGCAUGCAUAACUUGAAUCAGGAGCAUUGCACCCUAUUGUGGAAACCGAGAAAGACUGAAGCUAUACUAGACUAUACUUCAUAUUGCACUGCAGCUUAUUAUUAUUACUACUAGUACUAGAAAGAAAAUAAUAUUGUGCGGGGUAUUGUUUUUGUUUGCUAAACAACGUUACGAAUUUUUGAGUUUCUAUAUCAUAAACCACCUUGUGAUCCUCUGAUGAAGGGUGCUGUAGAAAUUUAUUAAAUGAAGUAAAGAAAUAUUCAGUAAUGAUUUGCGUGUCCUUUGCUUUCAGGGUGCUCGUGGUCUCCCUGGUGAAAGGGGAAGAGUUGGUGCUCCUGGCGCAGUUGUAAGUGACUCCCCUACCUGUACAAUGUGGCUUCCGUUUUCUUUCUUUUGGAUUCUUCAAUUUUGUACCAGGAAUUUAAGAUGUAAAGAGAACCUUUGUUUUCUUUUAGGGGGCUCGUGGCAGUGAUGGAAGUAACGGUCCCACUGGUCCCGCUGUAAGUCCAAACUUUAAUGUUCUGUCUUUCUGUCCUGAUGAACAACACACACUGUGACCUGCCAGGCACUUGGAUUUCUCUGUGCGAUGGACUCCUGUCUUUUUCUCUGCCCUUUAUCAGUUGCAGAAAAGGAAAUCUUUUCUUUCUUUCCUUCUAUUUCAGAAACAAACAUUUGGCAUUUCCAGUUAGGCAUCAAAGAGCUGUCCAAAACAGUAGUAGUAUUCUCAGGGUGCUUCCACAGACUUCUCAGCUCAAGCCUGAAAUCCAGUGUUUUGGACUGACUGCUUUCGCAGUGAUGACUGGAUUUGCCCAGCCUAAGCCGCAUAGAAGCUGUGGGAGCUCUCCCUGCACAGAUAGCGACAUUAUUGGCCCUCUUCAGCAGCCUGACUAGUGGCAAUCCAGGCUCUGUAGUUAAAUAUACAUAUAUAUAUAUCUGAAGAUCCCUUUUCCUCAUCAGUUUUCUGAUGGUGUUUAGCCGCUGAGAUAAAAAGAUAUGCCUUGUACACUGCUUAUAAAGCAGCUACUCUUAGGAAGCGAUGGAUUAAUCAGUGUUAUUUGUGCUCCAUGCCAAUUUUGCAUGUGUUCAUUCAAUAAAUCUGUUCCAUCCCACUUCCAGAUUAAUCUGCCAUUUUUUAAAACCACUGUAUUGAAGUGCAUACUUUAUCUCAUUGUACACCUUCCCAAGCAUAUGUUAUGCUAAAGUGAAAAUGUUUAAACAACACAUUGGGAUACAUUUUUUGAGCUGAGAAUAAUUGUAUCAUGAAAUUUGCAGAAAUGUGAAAUCCAAAGGAUGAUUGCAUUUCUGAUCCACACAUUAGUCCAGGAGGUGUGUAGCGGAUCAGUCUGCAUAAGAAUUCACAGAUUCUGAAUUCUUCAAGCAUUCCUGCCUCUGGUGUGGGGGCAAAUUGGCUGAUUCAAAAACGGAACAUGAGGCUUUCUUUCUCCAAGUGCCCCUCCCCUUGGGAAUUUGGAGAUUGACCACAGGAGAAAGAUGUCCACAGGAGUCUGUGUGACAUCCGUUUCCCAACCCUGCUUUAUAUCCUGGAAUAUCCAGUGUCUAGCCUAGGCAGCGAACCAAUCACGUUGUCUCCUGGCCAACUCAGGAAGGAGUAGGUCAGUUACUACCAGUGUGAUUAGUACAUUGCUCUAAGGCUGGAUAUACAGCACCUCAAUUUUUUAACACAUUCUGUUGCACUUUCGCAAGCGAUGCUAAAAAUUGCGCUCUCUCGUUUUGUAACUAAUGCAGUGUUGGGUCCCUGCCCCCCCCCCCACUUUAAAUGAAACAUCUAGAAAGUGGGUGCUUUUUUAUCCUAGCAGCCAGGCAAGCAUGUUAAACAGAGAAGCAGCAAAAUACAUCCUUAUUCUACCUUAAAGGUUUUAAGAUGGUUCUUAGCUCAGGGGAGGCCAAACAGAGACACAAAGCAUUCUUGUUUCUGGAUCCAUGCACACACAGAGGUGCAUUUGCCCAGAAGCAAGGCUUAUAAUGACAGCAGUGAUGCCCUGGCACCUCUUAUGAUGGACCUGGCAAGCUACGUAUUGAGCCAUAUCCCCUUCCUUGGCAUUUUGUGCCCAGUGAACAUGCUCAGUCCUCAAUGGAUUUUUUUCUCCUCCUCCUACACGGGUCCUUUUCCUGGUUGUUGUUUUUUGGUGUGGGGAGUGGGUUGGAGGUGCUCCUGCAGACCUCAAGAUCUCCCCCAAGUCUGCCGAUUCUCCUCCAUUGUGUGCAGAUAUGGUGCUGUUUCGGCUACAUAAGCAGCAGCACUUAUGCCUGAACAUCAGAUAUAAAGAGAAUGAUGGAAAUGCCACGUUCUGAUUAAAACGUCAGAACUGAGAGUGAUGAAACCUCCUGCCUUGCCAUCUCCCUGGGCUGGGAAAACCUGGCAGGGGUCCCAUGUUUUGCAGGCCUGCUUUGGGGGCACUGGCGUGCAAAAAAGCAAGGAGACAUUUUCAUGCGUUUGGCUCUAAGAUCGGAUUCAAACCUUGUUCUAGGACUCAAAUCUGUUGUCAUGUAGGCAAUCCACUUUGUUGCUUCAGAAUCCCAUGAGAUGUAUCCUGGUCAUUGAUUCCUAUGGCCUGGCCUCUUUCCUUUGUCUCCUUCUCAGCCUACUAUUUGCACCUGCAGAUCUUGAAGGAUUUCUCUUUCUUUAUUUUCACAGGGUCCCAUGGGUGCUGCUGGAGCUCCAGGAUUCUCAGGUGCUCCCGGAGCCAAGGUAUGACCUAUAUUCCACCCCCUCAGGCACAGAUGCUCAACGAAAUGUUUUCAAACCAAGCAAUGCUUUAGCUGUACAAUGAGAAGAAUACAGGUUGUUCCCACCUGCAAACACUCACAACAACCAUUUGUAGUUUUCUUUAAACUAAUCAAAUUGCAGUUGAAAUGCAAAAGUGUGAUGCUAUUUGGUUUGUUUCACACAGUGGGCUGUAUCUAGUGGUGUCCCUCCACUGUCACAAGGCAGCAUGCAUUAGUGAAAAGGAGGAAAGGUGGUCUUUUGCCAAUUCCUCCUUCUCUCUGCAGCCCCCUGCUCCAGAGAGCUAGGGCAUCCUCUGGUAAGCAGUGUGGAGGGCAAAGAAGGGGGUUUGGGGAAAAUCAUCAUUUCAGCUCAUGUAAGACUUUGCUGGACCAAAGAGCAGAGAGACAGAACUGGUUCUGUCCCUAUGCCAAAAAUAUACAUCUUGCAUUAGGGGAGAUAUUUGGUGCUGUUUUUCCCCAAACCAUUGGGGGGGGGGGAAUCAGUGGUUAGCUGUUCACUUAGGAUAGAGUCGCAUAACUGCAUUUGCCCUCCUGUAAGCAAGAAAAAUUAAUGGCAUAUGCGGAAAUUGCAGAUUAAAUUAUUUCUUGUUGAGCUAGUUCUAGUGGUCAUGAUGAUUGGGUCAGUUUGUAAUAGCCAGGCAAAGAUGGGCAGUAACGAAAUUGUGCACCUAGCUAGAGAGAAAGAUAAAGCACUUGCUUUUCUAUCAGGAAGGCUAAUGUGGCACUGGCACAGCAUAUGAUGUCUUCAUAUGGAUGUUGUAGAUCCACAAAAGCCUGCAUAUUCCAGCACACAGGGGCAGACCUUGGUAAUAUGCCACCCUGUGCAAGGGCACAGGCUUAAGCUGAGCUUUGGGGAGGAGGUGUGAGGCUCUGGCAGGGCCCUAGAGCCCUUCCACCUCCUUCCCAAAGCCCGGUAGGCACUUCCCCUGCUUUUGUAAGGAGGCAGGAGGACUCCAGGGCCCUGUCAGAGCCCUAACGCCUCCUUUCCAUAAUAGCAACAACAAGGCUAGCAUAUCUUCUCUUUUGCUGAACUAUUUGCUGCAAUUGGAUCAUGAUUACUGUACCAUCUAGUGCUCAUCUUAACAGAGACAGCCACACUGGGGAUGUUAUCUUUGUUUUGAUUUUGUUUUAAGCCUGAUUAGAGUAGUAUAGGUUUAAUAAGUGCUGAAAUGAAUCAUACACUGAACACUCAGCGUUCACCACACACAUCCUCUCUUCCCAAACAGGGUGAAGUUGGUUCUGCUGGCAACACGGGUCCCUCUGGCCCUGCUGGCCCUCGUGGUGAGGUUGGACUCCCUGGUGCUUCCGGUCCUGUUGGCCCUCCAGUAAGUUACCCUUGAAGCUUCUUGUACUGAUGAAUGUGGUUCCUUGCAUCUGCUUUUGAAUUAUUUCGUUUAUAUAUGUCGCUUGGGCAUAAAGAAACAUCUAAGCAGUUUGCACACACACACACACACACACACACACACACACACACACACAAACCCCUAAACCAAUAUGCCUAGAUAACAUGAGCAGGCGAUCAUAUAUAUCUAAAACCUAACAUUAUCGUUUUCUCUCUCUCUCUUAGGGUAACCCUGGUAACAACGGCAUUAAUGGUGCUAAAGGCGCAGCUGUAAGUAUGCAGGCGUCAAACUGGAUUGUCCCAUAGGAAAAGCUUCUGUGGCGCUACAGAGGAGAGUUCUGACAUGUGUUCUCCUCCUUCUCUCUCCUUUCUGGGCAGGGUCUUCCCGGUCCAGCUGGUGCUCCUGGCCUGCCCGGUCCCCGUGGUAUGAUUGGCGCUGCUGGCCCCGCUGGUGCUUCUGGAGCUAGAGGACUUGUUGUAAGUGAUGCUAUCUACCAUAUAUGCCUCCUUUUUGCAAUUUAUGGGUCCUGUGUUUUUGACAAUGCAUGGCCUGCCUUUCAGUCAAGUGAUUAUCAAAGCAUCUUACAAACAGCAGGUUUCUCCCAGAUCACCCGUCAUGCAGCUACACAAUAAUACACACAUGCACAACCCAGCAGCCUUUGUUCCUCUGCUCUCCAGCCCCAGGAACUGGAGGGAGGGAACAACCCACCCCCUGAAGCUGCUCCUUACCUGGCCGAUAAGCCAGGUUGGUCCUCUCAUUUCCAUGAUGUUCUUCCUGGGAGACGGGAGCAGGCAGUGCAGCCUCCCCAGUGAUCCUUGGUCUCCUGUCCAGUGGCAGAGGCCAGCAGGUGCUUCCCUCCAAUUCCACAGACCCCAGGGGGGAUAUGUGGCUUCCACAAAGGCCAGCAGGGCAUCAUUUUAGUGUCUGAGUUGCUUUCGUGCUUAGGAUGCUGGUCUUGCCUGCCGGCAUCUGGGCUUGCUCUGACUUUAGGCCGCCCUGGCUGGCACAUAGUUGCCCGAUGCCCUUGCUAGACCAUUUGCUACCAUUGCUCCAUGGUUAAUAUCCAACCAAGUGUGAAGCGGUGUCUGAUAAUGUAAAACGUCUGGGGUUAUUUUGCCUUCUGUUGGUCUAGUGCAGUUUUGCACCAAGCUGUUAAUGUCUAAUGCCAAUGACAGUCACUGUUACAGAUUCUCUCUUUUAUGUCAACUUUGCCAAUGAAAGAAUUGUUCUUACAGUGGCAAUCCUUACAGCAGCUCUGUAAGGGAGACCAAUAUUGGGGAGGAUACUGGAGCCAUGAAGUUUGUCCAUGACUUAAGUCAGAUGUGAAUUGGUAACUGCAUAUUAACAUAGAACUGGGCACAACUUAUUCCCCUAUUGUGCUGCAUUGAUGAUUCGCUUCCUUCAAUAAACACACCAUCCAAGCCAGUGCUUAAAUGACCAGGGUCAGGGCAAGGGAGACAGAGCAGGCCUGGCCCUCUUGCAUUCUGUGCCAGCUACUGUUUGUAAGGCUACAGGGUAAUGGGAUGAUUUGGGGAGUGAGACAUAUGGGUUUAACCCCCCCCCCCAUAAUUCAAGCACAAAUCUGGGCUAGGAACAGCCCAAUUUGGAUGACUGAAGCUGCAAUCCUAUAUCGGUUACCUGUAAGGUGGGGGCGGGGGGGGACCCAUUGAUUUAAGUAGGAACCAACUCUUGAGUGGGCAUGUACAGACUUGUUCGGGGAGUAUCGUUGCAUGAGAUGCUGCUGCUAGGCCGUUUUGCUGCAGUUCUUAGUUGCUUGGAUAACUUUGCAGCCCAGAUGUUCAGAAGAAGAAAAACAGUGUGUGUGAAUUCAUAGUGUUCACUGUUGGGAUCUCUUGUUCUGUUUGACUCCAGGGUGAACCUGGCCCCGCUGGAUCCAAGGGAGAGACCGGUAACAAGGGAGAGCCUGUGAGUAUCUUUACUACAUGAAGCACUGCUAUCUAUGUGGUGGAAAUCACAGUUGAUUCUGUUUUCCCCCCCAUCAUGCAGCCUGUUUCUCAAAAUGGUGGCUUGUUUUGCUCUCUUUCCUACCCGACAGGGCGCUUCCGGCCCUGCUGGCCCUGCUGGACCAAGUGGUGAGGAAGGCAAGAGGGGUUCCAACGGCGAGCCUGGCUCGACUGGGGCACCUGGAUCUGCAGGUUUAAGAGUAAGUGUGCUACAAAAGGAAACAAAAACCCAACCCAAUAGAAAACACCAGGGAAAUCCACAGAGGUAGAACAUGGAGUUGGAAAGGACGCCCACUGCCACGCAGGAAUAUUUUGCCCAGCUCUGAGAAUAUGAACCCACAGCUCUGAGAUCAAGAGUCUCAUGCUCUACCAACUGAAGUAUAAUUGGUACUGGGCUGAAUAUACAUGUUAAUUCUUUAUGCAGAAGGCCCCAAUUUCCAUCCUGGACAUCUCCAGUUAAAGGAUCAGGUAACAGGUGGAAGACCUUCCUCUGCCUGAGAUCCUAGAGAGCUGAUGUUGCUGGUCAGAGUAGAUAGACAAAUAGUUUGACUUGGUAUAUAGGGUGGCUUCCUAAAUUCCUGUGGGAUUAACAUGACCACACCUACCUGUGCUUGAAGGGGCAUUCUUGUCUACACCAGACAAUGUUCCAAUGUAUGUGCAUACGUGGGCAGGUCAUGGCUUGAUGGAGUCUGUAGAGGACCUAAGGUUCCAGUUAAAGUAUUCCAAGUAGCUGGGCUAGGAGAAGGCACUACCUGAGACCCUAGUCUCUCUCCAAUGUGGUAGUCAGUGCUGGGCUACCAGAGGGCCUGCUCUGACAAAGGCCAUUCUUUUAGCCUUAAGCAAGAGAUCAGCUGCGGCAUCUCAGCUAGAUAGCCAACAUCCUGAAAUAUUUUCAAAGUAAUUGUGGAUUUUGUAAAAAUAAAUAAAUCACUAGCUGCCAACGUGUAGUAGCAGCAGCAGUAGUAAAUGAGGAUAAUGAACAAUGAUUCUACUUGUGCAUUGAGAAUAUAUGAUUGUUCAAUUAAAACUGUGUCAAAGGGCUUUUUGCUUCUUUAGAACUUGGUGCAUUGGGGACACAGUAGGGCUAAUUUUUGCAAAAUAAUCAGCGCUUCUCAUGACAUGCUGAAUUUUGCUCAAACUUUGUUCAGUUGUUCCUUUGGGGGCUGGGCUCAGAAUCUGGCACAGAUCUAGAACCAACUCUUGCGACAAUGACAGCUUAGCUGCACAUUGUAUUUUCUAGCCAUUGGAUCAGUCCCGUGUGUAAUCUCCUUGCCUGCAUAGCAGUGGAAACAUACUGUGUUAUACAGGAAAAACUGUUCCUUGCCAAAGCUGCAUAUUGCCAAUCUCCAGAUCUAGCACUGGAAGAAGAAGCAAUUUGCAUGCACAUGUUCACAAAUUAUUUUUCCAUGGAUGCUGAGGCAUAAGAGAUCACUUAACAGGAAUGCUUCCUCUAGUGGCUAAAUCGAAUGGGUGAAUUGGUCCUGAUUUCCCCCCGUUGGGAUAAACCAUUCCUUUUGUCCUGUGGGCCUGGGUUGCAGUGCAUUGUAAAAGUCCUGAAGGCCUUGGUGGUUAGCUCAUUUUCACAGUCUACAAGCUCACUGAUGACAGCGCUUUGAUACUGUUCCCGGCAGCACACAUUAUGGUCAUUGCAGGAUAAUGUCAGGUAGUGAAGGUAGCCUCAUAAUAUCCACAAGGCUGUCCCAGGUUGUUUUUCACCUGGUCUGCUUUAUCAGUUUUCACCUGCCACUAUAAAUUCAACCCUGCUGGUUCCCAGAGCUGUACUGGCCUUUUUGAAAUGGUACCUGCCAUUCCAGUUGAGAGCUUGCCAUUCUCUUUAUUGGGCUCUACAGCAGCCUCUAAAGACCACUGGAAUCUCUCUCAUGGACUGGCCCUAUCAUUGGGCAGGGUGAGGCAGUCACCUUACGCAGUGGGUGCUGGGGAGGGUGAGGAGUGCCAUUCAGGUGUUGGAGGACAGAGCUGCAAGUGCCAAUCAGAAUAUACCUGAUGCCUUCAGGUGUUGUGGAACUUGGUGUCUCGUUGCCAGGAUUGAAAUAAAACUCGGCUUCUGGUCUGGUCAGUUUCAGUGCAUGGAACAGGGGGAAGGGGACAUAAAGGCAGCAAAAGCCCCUGGGAUACCAUCCCAUUUUGACUUCACUCCAGCCAUUGGGUGCGUGUGUGCCCAGUUCAACUAUUUUUAUUAAGCGAAGGAAAAGUCGCUUUCUCAGGAGGCCCCAAUCCCAUCACAAAUGCCAAGCAUUCCUUUGUAAAUCCUUAGCUGUAGCAAGCCUUUCCUUUGCCUGUUGCCUAAAACUCUCUCUUCUUUUCUGACCAGAUAUUUGUGUGUUCUUUUCCUUCAUAGGGUGUUCCUGGAUCUCGUGGUCUCCCUGGAGCUGAUGGCAGAGCUGGUGUUAUGGUGAGCUACCUUCUCCUUCUGCUGCUUCUUUUCUUUCUUUUGAAGAGAUGUUCUUCUUGCCGUUGUUGCUCCCUCUCAUUGGAGCUGGUUGUGGGUUCGUUUCUCCUCUGUAGGGAGCUGUUGGUAAUCGUGGUGCUACUGGUGCUGCUGGUGCUAAAGGUCCCAAUGGUGAUUCUGGACGCCCCGGUGAACCUGGUCUCAUGGGUGCAAGAGUAAGUAUCAAGGGUGAGGAUGAGGAUCGUGUGACGUUGCAAGGCAGCAGCAUCCAAAUAAAUAGAGGGUUUCCAUUUCGCCUUCAGUAAUGCUUGCAUUUUAAAAAUGGUCCAUUUUAAAAAUGCAGUAUGACUUAUGGUGAUGGUUAGUAAUGUUUGGUUAUGAGAACUUUAUAUUCAGCACUAUAUUCAACUCUUACGACCAUGUUGUGAGAUUAUUCGUAUUCCCAUUAUACAGAUAUGAGACUAAGGCUGCAGUGGAUAUUUGGGUUGCACCCAUAUCCUAACUUACCUGGGGUUAAGCACAAUGAGCUUAGGUAAUGUGCAGCCCUAUACAUACCUGCUUACUAAACAUGUGUAAGAUUGCACUGUGAUUUGGGAGGAAAUCCCAAUGAGUUCAAUAUGGACAUUUCCCAGUAAACAUGAAUUUAAUUGGUAGAUAGACUGAUCUGUCAAUUGCUUGUUACUACUUCCAGUCUGCAUCAAUUUCUGUCGUGUUCAUUGAUAAAUCAAUUCCAGCCCAUUUCUCCAUUAAUCUAUUUAAAAAGUCCAGCUGGUCCACGAGGUGAACCUGGCAGUGCACAUUUUAUCCUAAAACAAGCAUUUCAAUACGUUUUUUGAGCCAAAAAGGCAAAAUUUGGAGAAGUUCUAAAUUGGAAGAUAAUUACAAUCUGAUCCACGUUGCUGGGUUGAAAAUGAGGCCCAUUCACUUAAAAAAUGCAGGCCAGACCAAAGUCUCCUCUCUCCCUAAUAGCAACAAGCCUUUAUACUAUAUUUGUGCAUAUAUUUAAGUGGUGGGUGUCUGAAAGAGGGAGGGAGGAGGAAUUCUUACAUUUCUGUUUGAAAUAAGCUCCAAAGAUGAUACUAAGAUGAAACGUCUGUGCUUUUUAGGGUCUCCCUGGUCAAUCUGGAAGCCCAGGCCCUGCUGGCAAAGAAGGUCUUCCUGUAAGUAGCCCACACUUUACCCUACAAAUAUAUCAUUUUUUUAAAAUGUAGAUUUCAGUUAACAGUUAUAGACUUAUAAGUAAUGUCCACAGCUGUGUUCUAUAACAUUCUUGUUCUGUUUAGCCUGGUGUCACGGUGCUCCCUAGGCAAAGGAAUGCACAUAGUAGAUCGCUAACACAAUAUUGUCAAAAGUGGACACUUAGUAGUUUCUAUCAUUCCAGAUACCCACACACACCAGUCUAGGGUCCAGGCAACUAUUCCCUGGUCUGUGAUCUAUGGAGCAGUUGCAGCAACAAGGGGGCACACCCUCUCUACCAGUUUAUGUGCCUUGCUCGACAGGCUGUGUCCACACAGCCUGAGACUACAUCUGCCUAGAAGUUGUCUCUGAUCUUCCCUCUUCAAUCGCCUCCUGGUUCUGGGAGGCAGUGGUGCAAGAGAGGGUGGGGCAGCACACACAGCCCCUCACUUGCCCAACCUGCCUCUUCCUUCGCUUCUUCCAACCCAUCCUGUGCUCCACCCUCCCGCUCUGAAGCAUCCCCUGCCUCCGACUGUUGCCUCCUGGCUGGUACAGUUCACUGGUCCCCUCUCCCAGGUGCACUGUCAUCAGCAUCCUGCAAGUCCCUGAGCAAUUUUCUCAAGAGAUCAUUGGUGAGCACAGAGUCUGAGCCUGGGACAUUCCCAUGUUCAAAGCCGUUCUGCCAUCCCAGGCCCAAGUACAGGCCAGUUUAGGAAAUCAUCACUGCGGUGUCUGUUGAACCUUGUCUACUGAUUCAGGCUCUGCACAGGUGCUGGUUUAUUAAAAUGGUUUCACAGAAGCUUCCAGACAGGCCUCUGAACACAGGCCUGCAGCAGAACUUCCCCCUUUCCGGCUUUCCUCAACCAGGUCAGGUGUCUUCCAGAUGUUGUUGGACUACAACUCCCAUCAUCCACAGCCAACAUGGCCAAUGGUCUUGGGAGUUGGGAACCCAAUAACAUCAGGCUGAGGAAGCCUGUUGUAGAUCUGGGAAGAAAAAGAGGGUGAGUCUAGAGGCUAGGUUGCAUCGUGAUAUUGAUAUGUAAUGUAGCAUCUAUAGCAUAGGUAUAAUAUAGUCUACAGCAUCAUGAUAUUGAUAUGUAAUGUAUUGAUAUGCAAUAUAGAUAUAAUGUCUUCAUUAGAAGUGUGCUGCUCUCAGUGGAGGUCAAGCAAUAUACCUAGGAUAAAAUCAAUGUGGUUUGUUUCCCUCCUCUAGGGUCUGGCUGGUGCUGAUGGUAGACCUGGCCCAACUGGUCCCGCUGGUCCAAGAGGUGAACCUGGCAUCAUUGGAUUCCCAGGACCUAAAGGUCCCAAUGUAAGUGCAAUGGAGCUUGGGGGGGGGGGACCACCAUAUAACAGCCUGGUAGCAUGAGAAAUUGUCUGCAACACCAACUUCGUGUCCUCAUGUUAAUCUUUCUGGUAACCCAGCAACAAAUGCCAGAGUGAUGGCACUACAGUGCUAGUGUAAGGUUACAGUCCAUAUCAAUGCCCUGCCCAGGUUUGGGGCUGGGGGGGGGAGGUCCUUAGGCUAAAUGCCCUUAGUGGAGGCCCUGCUGGCUUCCUGGGGAGAGAACUGCUUCUUCUCGUGCUUCCUGCCAUCACUAGACAUUUGCCUGUUCCCUCUGGGACAGGGGAUUUGUGAGCAGACAGGUGGAAACCAUAAGUAGGAGGGGCAGCAAAUCUGUCUCAGAGAGCACAGGUGGGUUUUCGGAAAUAGAGGAGGCGCAUCAGCCCAAUUAAAGGAACUUGAGCGUAGUUGAUAUUUGUUUUAAUCUUAUUUUCAUUUUCUUUUCUUUCUGCCAUAGGGUGAGCCUGGCAAACCUGGUGACAGAGGCAAUGUUGGUGUUGCUGGCCAACGGGUAUGUGCAGCUAUCUUAUGUCCCAAUGAACAUGCCUUAGUUAAGAGAGCAGGAUCUGUACAGGAAUUGCCAACCUCUAAGGGAGGGCUAUACUACCUGUCUACCUGUCUAUUAUCUUCCAUUUUUAAUGCAAAUGAAACAGUUGCUUGUUUUGUGGAGCAACUCUACCAUGUGUGCAAGCAAGGAAUGUGUUUGUGUGCCUGUGUAUGUGUACAUGUGCCAUAAGUUAGCUUCUACAUGGUACCAAUGCUCAAAGUCAUUGGAUUACAUCUCAUGUGGGGAACACCUCGUCCAUUAAGUAGAUAGUCAGCUAAGGUGACACCAUUUUAUUUUUAGGAAGAUAACAAACAUGGUGUAUAUUGUCCAUAUCUUACGUAACUCAUCCCUCUGUUAUUGUAGGGUGCUCCUGGUCCCGAGGGAAAUAACGGUGCUCAAGGUCCAAUUGGUGUUGUUGUAAGUACAUGAUCAUCAUUGUUAACCUUUGACACAAACGCAGAGUUCCACUACCUGUGUCUGCCCAUUAACUUCAAUGGAGGGCACUGAUCUCCAUGUGCCUUUCUUUGGGUAACUUUGCAGGGGGACAGUUGCCUAUUUCAUUGUGGCCAUUGAACUUCCUUGAUUUUAAUACAGAGAAAAGUCGGGGGUGGGGAGCUGUCUAGCCAUGCUUCCGCUCCAAAGGCUUUGCAUGCUUAUUUUGAUUCUGUCUUUUAAUUCCUCUAGGGCAACCCUGGUGCUAAAGGUGAAACUGGCCCAGCUGGUGCUCCUGGCUUCCAAGUAAGUGGUGAUGGUGGUGAGGAUGAUGAAAAUACAAAUAUUAUUAUUUAACAAGUGCCUGAAACAUUUUAAGCACUGUACACCCAUUAAAACAUAAGAGGGUCUCUGUGCACAAGUUCGCACAAGUUCUAAUAAACACAGCAGAAAAGGAAAAAGGAAUGGGAAGGGAUGAGGAAAGCAAGGAUUGGAGCAGCUGCUCCUUCAGUGGCUGAUAGGUGGGGUUAUGUUGCUCUCCCCAUUACAGUGAUGCUCCUGGGAGGCAGCCUCUCAGUGGCCCUUGGUGUCCUGGUCAGGAUCAGAGGCCAAAAUUUGCAUCCCUUGCUCUCCUUAAACAAAUACGGUCUUUCUUACUAGCUAAUGUUAACGCAAAUUUUGCACUGUUUGCAGUUGGAAACUGUGCAAAGAACAAAUGAUCAGAAGCAUUUCAGUAUGUCUUGGCUUAUACAGUGCACAAGGCACAGAGUAUAAAUGUGUUUAGUGUACAAAAACAGGAGUGGUAGAUAAUUUGAAUUGAUUUAACCCACAUCUUUCUUAAGAAUCUCUUAAUGUGGUCUUGCAAGGAGUUGUCUUGCACAUGGCUUGGUUUUCAUAUAAGGGAGUCAUCCUGAAAAUCUGUAUAAUGCACUUCAGUGAAGGGAAGAGCUGUUUUAAGAUCUGAGGCUUACCACUCAAAUUACAAUAAAAAGUUGGUUUGGGCAGAGAACAGCAAUAGUAAUCCAUAGAUGUUUCAGUCCAUGUGCAUUUUGUACAGGCAACUCCCCAUUUAUGUGUGUUCAAGGCAUGUGUGACGGUGCACAGGAACCCAGAAGUGGGACACAAAGGGGCAAAAACAGCCCUGAAAGAAUGCGGAAAUGGCAAAAUGGCGUAAAAACAGCAACUAGCAAUCCCACAAGCCUUUGCAAGCGCAACCACAGGACCUUUGGGGCCUGUGGAGAGUUAGAGUUUGAGCAAGGAGGUUUGGAGGAUGUUUGCAGGCUUUUUCAACUGUGCUCCCAACACAUGCGAUUUUACUUAAACACACGGGUGCCUGGCAACAUAACCCCCCUCGUAAACGGGGAGUUGCCUAUACAGAAUAUCCCACGUUCAGUCCCCAGCAUCUGCAGAUGGGACUGGGAAUAUCCCCUGCCUGAAACCUGGGAGAGCUUCUGCCAGUAUAAAUGUGGACAAUACUGAGCUAAAAAGACCAACGCUCUGACAGGAAGUCAGUAUCCUGUGUUCCUGUAUCUUGAAUGAAGCCUGUGAGGCAUAAGAGCCCUCACAUUUUAGACUGUGUUUACUAAUACUUUUGCACAGGCUCACCUGUGACUUUUCAUAAUACACAAAAGGAUUGUGGGUUGUUGAUUAUUGCCAUCUAUUUCUUUUUGUUUUAGGGUCUUCCAGGUCCCUCAGGCCCAGUUGGUGAAGCUGGCAAACCAGGCGAAAGGGUAAUUGAACACAAUACAUUUAUGGAUAAGAUGUGUUUUUUUCUGAACCACACAAAUGCAGUGCCCCAAAUCUUGGUAGGGUAACAGAGAGAAAGUCUGUGCCUGUCUAACCGCAGUGAGAGAAAUCAUGCUGCCCAUCUGUCAUAAGCAGGUGUCCAAUGUGGCCGGGAGAAAAGCAGGUUAGCAUACUUCCUCUAAAGAGACAUGAGGGAAUGUCUCUGGCUCCCUGUAGGGACAAGCUCUGUAGGGACAAGCUCCAUAGCAGUCCCUGUGCUGUGGUUCUAGCAAUGGCCCUUUACAUUUUCCCUGAUGUAACCCUAAUGCAGCAUGGUCAGUGCUUACAGCACACUGUAGGAAUAUUUCGGCAUAGUUUGUCUGACAUCCCCUCUCGAACUGAGGAGGAAGUUAAUUUGAUUCAGUGUACCUGCCCUGAGUUGCUCCAGCCAACUGGACAUCCUUGGCUCCUUUGUUUUUGGCUUGUGAAUAUGGAUAACACAGUGUGCAGCAUGGAAAACACUCUUGUAAAUAAACAAAACAAAACAACAACCACAUUUGACCCUUAGAAGUAUGGCCACUUAAUCGGUUAAACUGGUAGGUUCCCUCCCCCCCCCUUCCUGUGAAUACACACAGAUUUAAAAUAUAUGUCUUCUUUAUUGGUCAUUGGUUGGGGUUUUUUUAUCCCACCAUUACUCCAAUGGUGGUGUGCAUGACUGGUCCCUUCCUCAUCCUCACAACAACCCUGUGAGGUUGUCUGCCAACCUGCAAGAGAGAAUGAGAAGGAACGCAACAACAGAGUCAAAUUCUUUCUUGUGGCUUGAGCCCUAUGUUCUGCUGUACCACAGCUUUGAGAUCAAAAUGUGCAUCUCCUUUUUUAUCUCACUGGAUUGAAAUAACCUCAGUCGGUAGCUAUAAUAAUUCUUAAAAUGACAGUAAGGAAAACACGUUCAAAGUUAAGUAACCUGUCUCUCUCUUUCUCUCUUUUGUGCAUAGGGUCUUCAUGGUGAUUUCGGUCCUGCUGGUCCUGCUGGUCCAAGAGUAAGUUUAUUUUUCACUGUGCUUUGCUUUGUUCCUAAAGUCUGCAAUACCUGCCUUUGAACUAAGAAAGAUGCGUUCAGAAUACCCUUGAAUAACCACUGCUAUUGGGGUGGGUUUCUGUUUGGGAGAAAGGACCACAGCUCAGUGGUAACACACAUGCUCUGCAUGCAGAAUUUCAUAGGUGCAAUCCCACAUAGGGCUGGGGAAGACCCCUGUCUGAAACCCUGGAGGUUUGCUCCCAGUCAGAGUAGACACUGCUGAGAUAAAUGGCUUAACUCUGUAUAAGGCAGCUUCUUGGGUUCCUAUGCCUCAUCUCCAUUGUGGAAGAUUUCCCAAGGGGAAAGGCUGCCGUUUCCAGUCUUCCACCUACAAUACACUAAACCACAUUUUCACCUUCUGAAGAUUUGUACAGAGGACAGCAACACACAUGUUGAGAUAAUACGGUUAAAGCUGCAUCUGUUAAGUGUUAUUAAUGUGUUCGGUGUCCAGUAUAAUUUAUAUAUGCAUGUAUGGCAUGCAUAGCGCAUUAUCAAAUUGUAAAAUAUUGCAUGAAUAUAGCAUGCAUACAUAAAAUGCAUAGGAUAUGCAGAGUUGCAAGUUGAUGUCCUUAUAUUGACAAGGAGGAACUGAAUUCUGGACCAAGAGAUAAAGCCAAGUAAAGGGAUAGUCUCCUAAGCACUCUGGCUCAGAAGUGAGUCCCAUGGAAACCAAUGGGACUUCCUUCUGUCCCGGUGUCUUUGGAACUGGGCUGUCAACAAUAUGUCUGCAUCUAGAGAGCAGCACUCUGAGUUCUUGUUUAGAUGCAGGACUCCUGCAGAAGAGCAAGGCCUGCCCUUAAGCCUAGAUCCCAUUCAUCAGCUAUGUAUGAGCGAAGAAGCAAAAAAUAGUGGUACCACUAGCAUCUUCCAGGCUUCAGUGCUAAAUGCUAAGCUUGCUAUCAAAAUUCAAGGCCUUCAGAUUCCAAUUAACUUCUUGCCCAUCUGCUUCCUCCAGGGUGAGCGUGGUCUUCCAGGUCAAAGUGGUGCUGUAGGUCCUGUAGGCUCCAUUGGAAGCCGUGGCCCAUCCGGCCCACCAGGAACUGAUGGUAACAAGGUAAGGCAAAAAGGGUGCUAUUUUUCUGAAAUCCUGGGGAGGGCAGUGUCAUCUCCUUGAUGCAAGCACUUAGCCGGAGCCUGAUGGAAACCUCCCAUAUACAUGUGUGCCUGGUGUGUGUAGCAUGUCAGCAGUCUGCUGCUUUGCUGCCUUUAAGAUUUUGCAUUAUCGGAGAAUGGUGCAGUGGUCACAUAGGGGUAUUUUUGGCUUAGGUAUCAGUCAUUGUUGUCAGAAGUGUAACUGUUAAAAGAGGAAUGAACAACCUGCAGGCCUCCAGAUGUUGCUGGACUGCAGCUUCCACCAGUCCCAGCCAGCAAGGGAUAAAGGGAAUUGUAAUCCAACGUCUGAAGGGCUAGGUGCUCACCACCCUUGUUCUAGAAAGGGCACCUGUGAUACAGAGAACCCACCAGAGGCAAACUCAAGAGCUUGUCAACAAGCCUGCUGUUGACCAAGUAGCAGCUUUUUAUUUGGCAUUAAUAGGUGCUUUAGAACAUCCUCUUAAAUUUCAAAUGAGGUUGUUGCGUAGGGGUUGUGUAGGAUGCUGUUAGAUGAACAUGGCCUGGAAUCCUCAUUAUGUAUCUGGAGCUUGUCAGUCAUGUGGCUUUGUCUAGAUCAGAGAUUGAGCCUUCCUUUUCUUCUGCUUUUAUGGCAUAGUUGCAGCUUCAUAUAUACUUACUAGUUCUGGCUUUAGGAUGUAGAGGUGUAGGAAGGUCAGGUGGUACCCGGUGCAGAAAAUUUCUUGUCACCCCACACACAUUUUGUGUGUGUGUGUGUGUGUGUGUGUGUUUUGCCUGCAAAAAUAGUUUUGUUAUUUCAUAUUUUCUUACAAAGGAAUGUGGAUUCUGAGCCUCUGAUAACAAGUAGGCAACUAUGGACAGAUACUUAAAUCUACAGGAUGGAUUGUGUUUUGGCUUGUGUUAUUUUAUUUAUAUUUAUUGUUUAUUUAUUUAUUAAAAUUUAUUUUAAAAAACCUGCAAAGUGGUUUACCAAAACAAAAAAAACAAAAAACCACAGCAGUAAAAUCAAGAAAAAAUCAAGCUAAAAUAUUAAGAUUAAAAUUACUUCAACUUCCUAAGCAUCUAGGUAUGCUUGCCUAAAGAAGAAUGCUUUUAGCAGGUGCCCGAAAAGAAUCUAGCAAAGGCUUUGUUGAAAGUUCAGCCUUCAUGACAAAGGAAAACGGCCAAGUAAACAGCUAUUUUCGUGGAGGAGGGUCAAGAUAUUAACUGAUAUGCAUGAAAUUUCAUAUGUAGUAUAUAAUCCCUAGUGUAGUAAGAUAUGACCUUUGGAGCAGGCAUUUAAAAAAAAAAGUUUUUUAUGAACCGCCCUAGUAGGGCAGUAAUUGUUCCUUGCUAAUUUGUCACCCCACUCCAUGAUGGCACCUGGGGUGGACCGUGCGCCCGCUCUUUCCUACGCCCCUGUUAGGAUGACACUUUUCACUGCAGCAUUCGUGAUGAGGCAGAGUCCAGACAUGUACAGGGAUGCUCUGUGAUUGAUUUCUGCAAAUUUCCACCCUGCCCGUUGAUUCUGGAUCUGGAGUCCUGGUCAACCUGUAAUGGAUCUAUUUUUGGUUUCUCUACCCCUUAAUCAAAUUGAGGGGUGGUAGCAGUACACAGGGGUCUCUAGAAAAGUAUUGCUAGUUGGCUAUCAGGUUUCAAGCCCUAGAUGUCGCUGCAGGGAUGAGAGAAAGCACAUGUCUGUAUCCAGUGUUUCAUAGAUUUCUUAGAAUCAUAGUUGGUAGGGAGCAUGAGGGUAAUCUAGUCCAACCCUCUGCAAUGCAGAAAUCUUUCACCCAAUGUGGGGUUUGAGAUGAAGAGUCUCGUGCUCUACUGACUGAGCUAUUCAGGGGUUAUUCCUAUUCAGAGAAGACCCAAUAAAAACAAAGGGCAUGACCAGCUUAGGCCCAUCAAUUUCAAUGGUGAGUAUAGCUUAGUUAGAUACAACCCUUGGAAAAUAUAAUUCACAUGGUUCCUGGCAUCCCUUGAUGCUGCUAAGAUGAUAAUGAAGUCAAUCUCAUAUCGGGUUAAUUUUGAACACCCAGAAGACAUCCUCCAAAUUGAUCCAUUUUAAUUAGACCUAUCCCAAACCAGACAUUUCUGCUUAGGAUGUAUUCAGCUGCUUUUACCUGCUUGUUUAGAGAAUGGAUCGUUUGAAUGUCACGUGAUAAGAAACAUCACCUCCACUCCUGGGCAGCUACUGCAGAGAGUAUUUUUUCCCCAGCAGUAUUCAGAAAUGCAGUACCUUUCAGAAUACUAACAAGCAGCUAUUUGCAGGCAGGCACAAUGAAGCAUAUGGCUCAUUUCCCCCUAGGGCUCUUGAAGAUUGAAUCUUUCUUUUCCUGUUCUCCUAGGGUGAACCUGGUGCCGCUGGUGCUGCUGGUACCCCAGGCCCAGCUGGUCCCAGUGGAAUGCCUGGCGAGAGAGGUAUUGCUGGCAUCCCAGGAGGCAAAGGCGAAAAGGUAAGGCCAAUAAGAGGCAAGCUGAUUCCUGAGCAACAAUUCAUCACAUCCGCAAAGUCGCCCCUGGUGUAUUUUAAUCGCAAGGUCUUCCUCGGUGGGGAAAUGCUGUGGCCGCUCAGUGGUACUGCCCAUGCUUUGUAAGCUGAUAACCCCAGGUUCGGUCCCUGAGUAGCUAUAGUAAUCAAGAGACCCCAUUUUAAGCACUUGUGCUGCAGUAGGAAGCCUUAGGCUCAGCUUUCCUGGCUUAGAAUCAUAUGCGGCAAGUCACUUGGAAACCUUCUGUGUAAUAAGUGACCCGCAAGUUUAAUUCUGUCAAUUAAUUUAUUAUUAUUCUGGUUUAGUUUAUCAAGACCCAAAGUUGAGUACAUAUGUGAGUGAGACUGUGUUUUCCAGGAACGCAACAUCAUAGGCAUCUGCAAGAAAUUGGCUUAGUGGGGAAUAUAGUAAUGGCAAGCACUAAACACUUCCAUUCCUGUCUACAAAAGCAUUCCUGUCUUCUGCUGGCUACCUUUAAAAUUCAUUUCAUAAUGUUAUUCAUGAUUUUUAAAAUAAAAAAUAUUAGAUGAUCUUGAGGGACCUAGCAAUAAUUAUUUGAUGAACUGAGUUCACUGGGAGGUGUUUGUAACAUUCAACUCUCUUGUUCGUGUGGAUCCAAUUCCUUUUCCAGGCAUUGAUAUUAGAAUUGUCUGGUUUAUGGAUUCAGUAAAAAUGGAGAAAAAUUAGGGGUGUUUGUUUUUCCAUCUGCAGAAGACACAACUAAGAGGAUUUUUACCUCCACUGGCAACCCAGAGCAUUGGUAGUUGCAAAGGGGGAGAAAAUAAAGACGCAACAGACAUGAAAAAUGAAAACAAGGAAAUAAUAGAGGACUAAAAAGGAAGAGGGGAGAGGGCUAAGGGAACACUCCACAACAGAGGGUGUUUGAAAAAGGGUGAGGGGCUGCCGGCUCUGCAGGCAAAGGGUGACAUAACUGGGCUCCUGAGCCCCACAGGGGUGCCACAGAAAGAAUGUAGUUGGUUAAAGGAGCCGUGGACUCAAAAAGGUUGAAAGCCUCUGAAUUAGACAGUGAGACUCAGAAUUCAUGCUGCAUCCCGCUUCAUUUCAGGGUCCAACAGGCUUCAGAGGAGAAGCCGGAACUUCAGGAAGAGAUGGUUCACGGGUAAGUAUACUUCUUAAAUUGCUUUAUUUCCUAGGAGCCAAGCCUUCAGUCCUUUUAGUAAUCAAGAGGGGGAGAGAAAAAUAAUUGGAUUUAGGUCCCAAUACAUAGCCCAUUAAUUCUGCACCCAGACCCUUAACCUUCGGUGAUAUUAGCCUGAAGUAAGUUUAGAUCACUGAAGAUCUUGAAAAUACGUCACUGGUAUUAUUAAGGAAGUUAAUGCAACUUGUUUGGACAACUAUUACUUUGAUUUCUGAUGCUGGAUUAAAAAAACCAAAAAACCUGAAAACAAUACAAAACCUUUUUAAAAAACAAAAACUAAAUGUGUCGUUUUUUCAUUUGUGCAAUUUAUCCAUAGCUUGGAUAAUUUUCUUCUGGUGUGGGUUUAACAUGGGGAGAAAAAACACCCUAGAUUCAAACCUGUAAUUCUGCUUGAUUUUUUCAGGGUAUUCCUGGUGCAGUUGGUGCUCCUGGCCCUGCUGGAAGUACUGGCGAAAGAGUAAGUGGCAGACUUUUCAGAUGCUUAGCAGGCUUGCAUUUAGUAUGGGAAGCAGCCAUCGCUCAGUGGUAUAGCAUGUGUUUUGCAUGUAAAAGUCCCAGGUUCAAUGCGUCUCCAGGUAGGGCUAGAGAAAGACUCCUGCUUGAAACCCUGGAUCACAGAAUCCCUGGAUCAGAAUCAUACAAUUGUAGAGUCGAAAGGGACCACAAGGGUCAUCUAGUCCAACCCCCUGCAAUGAAGGGAUCCUUUGGCCAAUGUGGGGCUUGAACCCACAGCCCUGAGAUCCAGAAUCUCAUGCUCUACCGACUGAACUAUCUCCUGGCUGUCAAUGCGGACAGUAUUGAGCUAGAUGGACCAAUCUGGUGGUAUAAGGCAGCUUCUCAUGGAUGAGAUUCACCCCUCCAAUGUUACAGCAUCCAAAUAAAACACAUUGGGAAAAAUAUCAAGAUGUUUGUUUGUGUGAAAGCAUUUAUAAUCCUCUUUAUAUUUUAAAAUAUCUUAGUGGUAGGGAAAAGUUACACAUAACAGAGAAAGUUAAAACAAUACCUACAGUGCAGUCCUACGCAUUGGGUCUUAUCCUAUUUUUUCCUUAUUCCCUGUGCUUUUUCCCCUAAAAAUAAAGAAAUGUUUAGGGGUACUCUCAUUUUGACUCAAGAAAAUCGCCACUUUAUAAUUCAAAUCUGGAAAAAUAAAUACAGAGAAUGGACAAAAGUACAAAGAUUCACAAAAUGUUUAGGGGUAUGCGUACCCCCCAGAAAAAAGCGCUGCUUAUUCCUAUAGCGUUUCUUCCUGUCCAAAGAGCAUCCUAGUAAUUAUCUUAUUCACCAUCUGUGGUUAUUAAUAGUCCCAUUUUACAGAUGGAGAAAUGAACAUAAAUGGCAUGCCCAUAAGAACACAGUCAGCUGAAGGUUGAGCAAAGAUAUGAAUCCAGUUUUGCCAAAUAUGCUAUCUGCUAAGCCAGGGAUGGAGAACCUGUGGCCCUCCAGAUGUUCUUGGACUCCAACUCCCAUCACCCUGAACCACCAUGGUCAGGGAUGAUGGGAUCUGUAGUCCAAAAAUAUCUGGAGGGCCACUGGUUCCCCAUUCUUGCACUAGGCCCAGUUGACUCAACUCUAACACUGCAAUCCUGCACACGUCUACACCGAGUUCAGUGGGUCUUGCUCCCAGAUAAGUGGGUAUAGGAUUGCAGCCUAAAUCAUUGAUCAGGGAUAGGGAACCUGUCACCCUCCAGAUAUUGCUGAACUACAGCUCCUAUUAUCUAUCCCUGGCUGUGCUGGCCGAGGCUGAUGGGAGUUGCAGUUCUGCAACAUCUUGAAGGCAACAGGGUCAACACCCUGGCUUUAGAUUAAUCCCUAUUUAUGCUCUCAGACUUUUCUAUAGAAAUUAGACUGGCUCCCUCCUUGUUGUCAUUCCACCAGCAGGUGAAUACCUUCCUAUUCCAACAGGCUUUUAGGAACUGACUGUUUUUAAGGAAGGCGCUGGUGCUGUGCUGUUUUUCUUGUUGUUGUUAUCUGUGUUUUUAAUAGAUCUGUCCAUCUAGUUUUAAUUCUGUUAGUGUUUAACUGCUUUUUAAUGAUUAUCUUUUUAGCUUUUUCUAUUUUAUCUGUAAGCUGCCUUGAGUCCCAGUUUGGGGAAAAGGCAGGAUAUAACUAAAUAAGAAUAAGAAUAAUUCAGAAAACACCCUAAAAAUGUAAAUAUUCCCCAGGAAAUGAAAUGGUUGAAGGAACAUCCCUACAUCCCUAGUAAAAUAUACGCGUCAACUACCCUGGAAAAAAACAGGACAUCCUGUCUCCCACCCCCCCCCACCCCCCAAGAGCACAAUGGCCAUUUGGGGCUCCUUGCUCUCAUGCCAUUUCAGGCGGAGGCUUAUAAGGACAAUUGCUUGAACACACUUAAAAUUUAAGGCUCGAACUGUACUUUUCAUGAUUUUAUUUUAUUUUUUCCCCUUCUUGGGUGAUAAGUGUAGGCUGCAUGGCUACCUGGCUUUUUACCUGUGUCUGUAUGGUUUUAUAUCUGUUAAGAUCUGGGGUCAAGACCAAUGACUGGAAAUGAAUGGUUUAACUGGUUCCAUACGGUGCCCCCAGAGAGAUGUUAUUUGGCUUACAUUUUUCAAACAGCAGCUUCCCCCAACACCAAGAUCACAAGCAAACAACUACCAUUUUGUCAUGGCAUAGGAGCCUUCAGUGCAAAGAACGCUUGCGCAUCCUUAACAUGGCACUUUGAAUUCAUGGCCAUUCUUUGAUUGAAAAGAAGUUAAGCAUGGUUAAAAAAAUGUUGGAGGGAAAGGAUUACAUUUUGAAAGAUGGCAUUGCGCCUACUCUGUUAUUGUUAUUUACACACCCUUCUCACUAUCUUUGUCUUAGAGGCAAUGAGGAGUCUGGGCUGUAAUUUAAGGGGACAGAACACAUUUUUACAGGGCCUAAAUAGAACACCAAUGAGUUUAACUUACCUUUCUGCCUCAUAUCCAAAUGGCAAAUGAAAUGGCAAAUGUAAUAUGGCAAAUGAAAUACGGCAAACUAGCCAAAAGUGCCUUGGGAUUGAUUGAUUGAUUGAUUGAUUGAUUGAUUGAACCCUUGUUUGUGGCUCUUAUGCCCAAGCCAUUGGGAUCAAUUUGUUCUGAAGGCACCCUGCUGCAAUGCACCUGCUCUCUUGCCUGUGGCACCUGAUGGUUUGAGUUGCAUCAGUGGAUCACCAAGAGGCUGAUGGGUAGAUGCUUCUUCCUUCAGCCAUGGAGUUGCAGUAGAAGACGGCCUGGUGCGUAUCCUAGCAACAUGAAUCCUUUGUGUGUUUGUUUUAGGGCGAAGCCGGUUCCGCUGGCCCCGCUGGCCCUGCUGGUCCUCGUGGAAGUUCUGUAAGUAGUGGAAUAAUUUCUUUUAAAAGUGUGAUACGAACAGGUUCUCGGAAGCUUUGAUAUGAAAUGGCGAUUAGCUUUUCUCACUGGGAUGUGUUUUGGUUCUCCUCCCCUACCAUAGGGUGAACGUGGUGAGGUUGGCCCUGCUGGUCCUCCUGGAUUUGCCGGCCCUCCUGUAAGUAUGAAGGGAAAGAUUGGCUUUCACGUGGUUUUUAAUAGUUUGGGGCUAUAAUGCAUUUUGAGUAACAUUUCUCCCCUCUUGACUUUUUAAGGGUGCAGCUGGUCAGACUGGUGCUAAAGGUGAAAGAGGCCAGAGAGGACCUAAAGGAGAACAAGGCCCACAAGGUGCUGUCGGGUCUGUUGGCAACUCUGGCCCCUCUGUAAGUCAAAUGAAUUUUAUAUUAAACUCUCCUCACCUUCUGAUCUGUGUAGUCUCUUUGGAUUUCAUAGUGCUACAUCCAUAAACGCAUUGCAUAGCUGUGAAGCAGAAUCCUUGUGUGGUUCAAAUCUAGAAUUACUGUUAGGCUGAUUUGUGAAGUGCCUAGAAUUUUUUCCAAAGAACAGGAACAAAGCAUGCCAUUCCCAAAAGGUCUAGAUUGCCUUCGGCACUACAUUUGGAGGAAUUCGGAGUUAGGUAAACCUUGCAGGGGUGGGGAAUCUGUGGCCUUCCGGAUGUUGAUGAACUCCAGCUCAAAUCAACUCCUGCCAGCAUGGCCAGUGGUCAGGAAUGAUGAGACUUGUAUUCCAGCAGCAACUACAUGGUCCUUACUCCUUCCUUAUAAGCUAUUUUCAAAGAGUUAAUAUAUAAAUGCUAUAGAUUGGUGGUAAGGAACCAAUACCAGUGGCCAUCUUUCUGGAUAGAUUGUGUAUAUACAGUAUUUCCAGAGGAGUUUUGACAUACACGGGUGACGCUGUGCGUUAAACCAUAGAGCCUAGGACUUGCUGAUCAGAAGGUCGGCGGUUCGAAUCCCCACGACAGGGUGAGCUCCCGUUUCUCGGACCCUGCUCCUGCCAACCUAGCAGUUCCAAAGCACGUCAAAAUGCAAGCAGAUAAAUAGGUACCGCUCCGGCGGGAAGGUAAACGGCGUUUCCGUACGCUGCUCUGGUUCAACAGAAGCGGCUUAGUCAUGCUGGUCACAUGACCCAGAAGCUGUACGCCGGCUCCCUUGGCCAAUAAAGCGAGAUGAGCGCCGCAACCUCAGAGUCGGCCACGACUGAACCUAAUGGUCAGGGGUCCCUUUCCCUUUACUAGCACUCCUGGUAUAUCACUGAUAAAUUAUCACAAGCAUGAUCAAUUCAUUGAAUGAAGAGUAGUACUUUGAAGAGUAUAUGAGUACUGACUGAACUGAAAUGACCGCUGGGAGGAGUGCAGAGAGAAGAAAUGCUGUGGUGCAGAGAAACCAGCCGCCUUCAUCUGCCCCAGCCGCAACAAAACAUGUCUCUCGCAUAUUGGUUUCUACAGCCACAGCAGGCGCUGUAACUUCCCAACAGUUUGACUUUACCCCCAAUGGCGCACUCCUCCAUUGUCUCUCGAGACAGAUGGGUGCCAACAACAACCGACUGAACAUUGUAACUCGUAUGUUAAUUUUUCUGCCUGUGGUUGGUAGUAUAUGAACCACCACUGUUCUUAGAAAAAUGAUCUCAUGUACGAGGUAGUGGUAAUGUCAACACUCUUCAAAACCAAGUUAGCAACUUAGGGAUGGCGUCUUGUCCACGUUAUGACUACUGUUACAAAGUAGUGGUGUGUUGCUGGACUACAAAUCCCAUCAUCAUCCCACCACAUUGGCCAUUGGAGUCCCAACACCAACAUCACUGGGAGGGCCACAGGGUUCCCCAUGCCUGCAUUAGAGUAUGAAAUAGUGUCUGAUCCUCCUUUCAAUAAGUCAGUAGCAUAGCUUUCAUUAAUUUUUAACUCCAAUCAUGAUCAAGCCAAUAUUUGACAGCUAGAACUUUGCAGUACUCUACUUAUCUUCAUUUUUCCUACUCUUUCUUCUUGUAUAUAGGGUCCCGUUGGCCCUGCUGGUCCCACUGGAGGUCGUGGUGAUUCUGGUCCACCUGUAAGUGUAGAAACUUAUUAUGUUGAUGCUCCUACAUCCACCCUCCUACUGGUCCUUGUAAGUCCUGAUCUCUUCUUUGAUCUUUUUCCCCCCAACAGGGUGUCACUGGUUUCCCUGGUGCUGCUGGAAGAUCCGGACCCCCUGGCCCCGCUGUAAGUAGCCAUUGAGAACACUCCAUCUGUAAAUUUAAACAAGGUAGAAUACAUACAGGGUCUGGUGCUUCUAAUUCCUCUUUGCAAAGAACGAUCCUGGAUAACUGGGGUUCUUUGGAACCUUGUCAACAGUUGUUUGAAAAGAUCUGAAGUAGUGGGCAAGCUUCUGUGAAAGUUAUCCAUCACUACCAACCUUCUCCAGCAAAUAUGCAGCCAUUGAGUACAUGACACGGUGACAAUUAGGCUCAACAGGUCUUCCCAAAACCCUGGUUUAACAGAAGGGUUAUCUAUACAGUGCAUAUGAAUGAAUGAAUGUGACUAAGAAAACUCCUCUCUCCUUUACUCAAAGCAGCACUAGAAGAAGGGAAUUUGGGUGGGAGGCUGCUUGACCCUUCCCCAACAGCCUCUGAAAUCCCCCUCCCUGAAAUUGCUUUUCCACCCACAAAUUUCCAUACUACUUUCCUCUCACAAAAAUAUUGCCUUAACAUUUGGCUGGAGAGGGGCUGGAUUAACCAGCUUCCUGUAAAGUUACGGGGGUGGGGGAUGUAAGCAUCCCCUCCUCACUCUUUACUCCGUAUUGUCCCGUCCUGUCCUCCCUAACACUUGCUUUCAUUUGAAGUGUGCUCCUGGAGUUCUCUUGUACACAUUUGCAUAUCAUAUGCCACUGAUCCUUGGAUAGAACAUGCUCCAGAAUCCUGCACCAUGUGUAAAGUUUCUAUGGCAGAGCUCCUGGAAUUCCUCAACUGGACAAGUCGGUGUGGAAAGUGUUCCCUGUAGAUAGGAAACCUGGAAAACGCUGCUGUAGAAACCUUGACGAAAGGAGUCCAUUAAUUCCAUGUGAUCCUCAGGAGCAAGCUUGUUGUAAUUAGUUGUUGUGGUGUUGUUGUUGUUUUUGUUUCUCACCAAGAAUUUUUGUCAGUUCUUUGCUAUCUGGUUUAAUAUUUUGCUCUCUGUGAACUGGUUACACCAGCAAUGUAACCAUGGGCAUUUAUUUACCUGUCUACUUUAUCCCUAGGGUAUCACUGGUCCCCCUGGCCCUCCUGGCCCAGCUGGCAAAGAAGGUAUCAGAGGCCAACGUGGUGACACCGGUCCAGUUGGCCGUGCUGGUGAACCUGGUAUUGUUGGGCCACCUGGAUUCAGUGGAGAGAAAGGUCCAAGUGGAGAAAGUGGUGCUGCUGUAAGUUAUUACAAAUAAUUCAUUUUCCUUCCUUUUCAUCAUUUUCAUUAUCAUUAUUAUUACCCAUUGUUCAGCAAGGUAAAAUUCAGAAUUAAAAACGGUUCAGAUCAGUCAUGCCUGAAUACCAGUUCUUAGGCCUGCCUUCACCAACCUGGUGCCCUCCAGAACUACAACUCCUGUCUGUCCCCAGCCAGCACAGCGAUGCUGCCUGGGGCUUAUGGAAGUUCAGUCCAUAACAGCUGGAGAGAGGCACCAGGUUGGCCAAGGCUGUGUUAGUCAUUCUUGCCGUAUUUCUCAGAAAUACAGACAUCAGCCAACACAGCCCAUGAGUGUGUGUUCUUCAAAGCAUAUAGGAAUCUCCCUUUUAAGUACGUGCAGACAUAAACCAAUGCAUCAGUACCAUUCAGGUCUUCUGCUGGAUUGGAGUGACAUGGCUUCUCUGAGUUCUGCUUCUUUUUUUUACUCCAGGGGAAUAUGUCACUUUCUUCAUGAGCUUUGCUGCUCUCAGUAGGACUGCUUUCAGCAAGGUCCUAUUCAAACUUUAUUUAUUUGAAGUUGUUUUAUUUAUACAAGCCCAUCCUUAAGUAGCAGGAUGAAGUCAAGGAUAUAUAUAAUCUUGAUUUUCAAUAUGUAGGGCUUCAGAAUUCUGUGCAUUGUGUGGACUUUCAACCUUCCAUGGUAGCCAGGGCAAGAAUUCCACAAAAUGUUUGGACACAAUGGAUUGCCCAUUGCACCGGAUGAUGAUGUGGCUCACGCCCCCAAAUCUGUUGUGAAUAACCUAAAAAAAGAAAAAAUGCGUUUAAGUGAAGACUUUGAAAAUAUCUGUCCUUGCAUCAAAUAGUACAAAAGUAUUGAUGUGCAUAUAAAUUGGUCUCAGCAAAUUCUAAGCUAAAUCUUUGUAGCCAUUGGCUGAAUUCACAACCAUAAGGUCAAUAGCCUUAUUUACACAAUUUAAGGAAGGAAUCAGUGCCUGUUAGCAAAGGGCAUCACUUGAUAGUUGGGGGGGGGGCUGCUGGUUCUAGGUGCUGCCCCUGGAGAAUGGCUAGCAUAAUCCACCAUGGAUCAAUGAUGUCAUUGGCCUACACCACCACUAAGAAUUGCUAGUCGUUCUCCAGGUGUGGCAACUGCAGCAUGAAGUCCCACUUUCUGCUGGUUUCAUUGGCCCUGCAAGUGGCAAAUAAUGAAUAUGUUUUAAUUUAAUUUGCUAUUGAGGUCAUUAGGCUUAUUCUGGCAUUGCCAUGCGGUCCCAUUCCCAAACUUAAACAAGAUGAUCUGAAACAGAAUAAGGAUUCCAAGGCAAGGGUACAGGUUGCCUGAUUUGUCUUUAAGAAGGCUGGAUAACCUUAAUCUGAGUACAUCAGAAGAGAUACGUGCACAUCUGAGAUCAAAUUAAGUUUCCAAAGGAGACGGGAAGAACCUGUUUCAUUUAUGUUACAAAUUGGAAGUUUGCUAGUCUGCAAAUAGGAUCUGAAAAUUUUAUUCUGCUCUUUUCUUCAUGUAGGGUGCCCCUGGUUCCCCUGGUCCUCAAGGUCUUCUUGGAGCUCCUGGUAUCCUUGGUAUUCCUGGCAGCAGAGGAGAACGUGGUCUCCCAGGCAUUGCUGGAUCACUUGUGAGUACCAUAUUUGCCAAGUCUUCAGCUAGAUGGCAGAUAUGCUUUGUCUGGAAUUAGAAUUCAAUGCUGAACUCUUGGUUUUUUUAACCUGGAGGAGAAACACAGUGUAAAGUUGCUCCUUUGGAGUUGUGCGCUUCUGUCUUAUGGCUUGCUCCUACAAGUGCGUUGUGGCACUGUUUCAUAGGAUGUGCCAUUGGGUACCAAUGCUGGUGUGGGAGUUCAGCUGAUGCCCUCAAGCUAGCUGCCUCCUAAGGGUGACUGUACCAUUCUGGCAGGACAUGUACCAGAAAUUCCCUGAAGGAAGGUCCGGGAUUGGCUGCUGCUUGGCAAGUGGGAACCGGUUAUAUGGUCCUGCCCUGUCAGCUGUUCAACCAAUCACGUUUUUGCCUUGGCAGUGGAAACUCUUGCUUGCACCGCCAUAGCCGGAACAGACUCAGAAGUUUAGUCUGCACAUGUAUCAUAAGCAAGAGCUGCUUUCUGUCGAGCUGCGGUAUAGAACAUCCUAUAGGAUGUCUGGUGUUGGGCAGGUAAAAACCUGGCUCAGGUGAAAAGGGAGUUUGCAGGCACUGCUGACCGGUAGUACCUGCAAAGCCCAUUUCAAAGUACUGUGCUAAAUAGCACUUUGAAAGGGGCUUUUGGAGACCCCUACAGGCCAAAAAAAACCCUCACCUAACAUCAUUGUGACAUCAAACUUGGCUUACCAGCGGCUGGUGGGUAAGGAGAUAACAUUCCGGGCUAAAAUAAGGUUACCAGAUUUUUUCCAAGGAAUCUAGGGACACUUUUUUUUAAAGACAGACAAAAAGUUAUUUUUUAAAAAGUUAUUUUUUUAAAAAAAUAAGAAAUAAUAUUUUCUCUUCUGUGAUCUCCUCUGGGCCCCGGCCUGCUCUCUUGGAGCUCUAGCAGCCAUGGAGUAGGCUCGGGUUGGGCCUGGGCUCGGCCACCUGUCCUUGCCCUCCCGGUGCUCUCCUACCUCUCUUCCUCAGCGGUGGCAGCGGCGCGGCAAGGAUGGGGCUCCCCUCUUUUUUCUCCUUCCUCUUUCUCUCUCUUCCUUCUUCUUCUCCUCUCCUCCUUCUCCCAGUGUCGGCGCCAGGGUUUUUCUGGCCCCGGGACGCCACUGGGCAGUCGGCCAGGUGGCUGGGUGCUCUCCCUCCUGACUCCAUGUCAGCGGUUCCCCCAGUUGACGUACGGGGCGUCCCCAGUUCCCCCUCGGCAGUGGUGGCAGCAGUGGCAGUCUCAGCAGCCCAGAGCCAGCCUGGUAGCGCAGUUGGCUCUGGCUGGCUUCAGGAGCUGCACGCUGCUGGGGCGCCCGCCAUUUUGCCUCGCCGGAAGUCCCCAUAUGAUGUGUCUUGUGCUGUUGAACCAGUCACGCAACAUUCAUUCCCUACUAAUAAAUCUACAAUGCUUAAAAUAUAAAUCCGGGGACAUUAAAUAAAAUCUGGGGACAUUCCGGGGAUUUUGUCCGGGGGCAGAUUUGUAAAUCUGGGGACUGUCCCCGGGAAACGGGGACAUCUGGUAACCAUAGGCUAAAAAGAUUCUUCCACCCCUGCUGUAGAGCAUCAAGCAUCAGCUGAAAGUUAUAUAGUAGUCAAAUAAUGAAUGGCAAAUAGGAUGUAUUGAAUAUUUUGCUAGUUAAGUAUACGAACAGCAAUGAAAUGUAUCCCUGCUAUUGUUUUCAGGGUGAGCCUGGACCCCUUGGUAUUGCUGGUCCCCCAGGUGCCCGUGGCCCAUCUGGUCCCGUGGGUUCCCCUGGUGUGAAUGGUGCCCAGGGCGAAGCUGGUCGUGAUGUAAGUAGACCUUUUUGGUCAUAAGUGGGGGAAAUAGAGGUGGGGAAGGUGGAAUUCUAAAUUUUCAGCAGCAUUUAAAAUCACAUUUGAAGGUUAUUUAACACAGCUGUUUUUCUUUCGCAUGAAGGUUUUUGUUUGUUUGUUUGUGAUUAAUUUUUUAAUUCAGUGACAUGGAAGUGGGAUCAAUGAAUAGGAUAGCAGUUGUAAUGUACUUUGCAUGUUGAAGUGUGCUUUGGAAGUCGUUGACAGCAAUGCACUUGAUCCUAUAAAGUGAUGCGUCCCCAUGCUCCACUAGCUGCCAUUGUAGGAAACCUCACAGUGACCAUAUACAGAUAAUCAUGUCUCAGCUUAAUAAACUGAGGUCUGAACUAUACACUUGGCCAUUUUGUUCCUCCCUUUGUGCGAGUGAGAAAACAAACCAGGAAAUCUUACAUUGACUAUAAUUUCCCAUUUCAUGUAGGCUUGAAAAUUACAGUUAGCAGCUUUAGAGCAAGAUAGUAUAUUCAGCCAUGGUUUGAAAUUGGCUUAAUAUGAUGUCUUGUUCCUUAGAUGUUAGCCAUAUUUCCUGAUCUGUACAAUCAGGAAUGAAGUUUUCUGGGUGAUAUAUAAUCAUCUUUUUUCCCCUCUCACCACUAAGGGAAGAGUGAAUGGGCUUCAUGUGUGGCCAAAAGGCUCACUUAUAAGGUAGUUUAUUAAGCCAAUAUAUGAUUAUCCAAACUUGCCCAUUGAGAAUGUGGCUCCCUCAGCCUGAAAAGUGAGAUGAGCACCACACCCCAUAGUCUCCUUUUGAUGGGACUUAACCGUCCAGGGGUCCUUUACCGUUUUUUGUUUUUUUUUUCCUUCAUGUACACAGUGAGGAAGAAAUGAUAACAUGAAAAGAUAAGAAGGGGGGGGGAAUAAUAUUUCCAUUAAAAUCACACAGUUCUCAGAACGUUCCAUUACUUUUGGUCUGAUGAAAUAAAGCUGUAAUAAAAUAAAAUGCAUAAAUAGAGUGCAGAAAAAAUGGAUCAAUCUAGAACUGUAGAAAUCUAGAAAUAAACUAAAUCCAUCCCUCUGAAAUGAGUAAUUAGGGGAGAAAUGGUCACAAUGAAAGAAUAAAGUGUGGCAGAUUAUUCCACUUGGACCUGUUCUGUGGUUUGGAGCUGGGGGCAGGAGGGAAGUACAGAACACGCUGUCAUUCCCCUGUCAGUAAAGUAAAGCUUUUUUUCCAUGUCGUGUGUGAUGUUAAGAUUAUAUUUUUCUUCACAGGGAAAUCCAGGUAACGAUGGUCCUCCAGGCCGUGAUGGUACUCCUGGUUACAAGGUAAUCCCGUUUUCCCCUUCUCUAGGCAGAAGUGAGCCUGUGCUUGCUACAAGCUCAUGCCUUUGGACUUCCAUUUAGGGAAGUCUCCAGGUAUUUAGUUGUAUGUCGAGAUUGAUAUGAAAGUUGUACAACUGGGGGGUGGGCGGAAGGGGGGGUGGGAUGUGUUGUUUUUCUGUCUCUGUAUUAAAAAUGCAAAUAAAAAAAUUAAAGGUCUUCCAUUUGUCCUUUGCCUUCGUCUUUUCAGGGUGAACGUGGUGCUCCUGGCAACCCUGGUCCCUCUGGUGCUCUCGGUGCCCCUGGCCCCCACGGCUCUGUUGGCCCUGCUGGCAAACCUGGAAAUCGUGGCGAACCUGUAUGUGACUUCUAUCCAUUUCAUAAAAUCAAAAGUCAGAUGUAAUCUAUCAGGGCUGCAUUCGAAAGGCUCGGUCCCCAAGACAUGUUUAUUGAUUGCACCUUUUUCCUCCAAGGUGCUCAAGGGUGGUAUGCAUGACUUUCCCUUUUCCUUGUUUAAUGCCCACAGCAACCCUGUGAGGUAGGUAAGGCUGAGAGGCAGCGACUGGCCCAAGGUCAAUGAGCUUCGUUUCCUAGUGAGGAUUUGAACUCUGGUCUCACAUAUCCAAGUCUGACACUGUAACCACUACACCACCAAUGGGUGCCUCCCGCACUGAGAAGCCCUACAGGCAGUCUACCUGGUGGCAUUGAGAAGCUUGGCCAAAACCUUUAGGAAGGGGUGGGAUUCUAUGCAUUUAGUUGACCUGUUGUAGUUUUGUAGUAGACUUAACUGCUUAUGGAAUGGGUUGGGUGUUAGAUACCAGGCAAGUAGGAUUUACUGCAGAACGUCACAGUGUGGACUGCUCCUGUCCAGUGUUGGCCAGCCAUGCUGUCUUCUAGGGUACUCCAUUGCACCUGCUUCCAGUGGGCACUUAGAAUUGUGUGGCCACUGAGCAUGCUCAGUCCUUAUUAAGCCGGGUUUUUAUAGCGAGGGUGCAUCUUAAAUAUUUUUGUACAAACCAGCACCUUCCUUUUCUCAGUGGCCCCAUUUGGAUUGCUGUUCUGUUGUUGAUCACCAGCUGAGUUUGCUAUUAGAUGGAGAGAUAAUUUUGUUACUGCAGUGAGCCCUGAAGGCUUACCAAGGCGUGAGAAAUGUUAUCGUUGAUGAUGAUGAUAUUUUGGUCUACAUUCAAUGCCUGAUCCCUAAAGCACACCCUCUCAUCAGUCUACACAUGCACAAUUCCCCUAACUACCAUUCAUCCCAUCUAGUAUUUUCCCCUUAUAUCCUGUCCAAUAAGAAGAGUAUUCUGUUCCUUGUAUCAAUAAGACUUCCAUCUUCCAGCUUUUCUCAGACCUAAAAUCUGGCCCUUGCACUUCUGUGUUGUGAUGAGGAAGGGAAUUACAGGUGUUAACCCUGAAGCUUAGUGAAUAGUAGGGUGGUGCUGUUCUUUCAUCCCUGUUUUCUGCAUGGUGGGUGCCCACUAUUUGCCUGGGAGCCCUACACUACUCAAAACUUGGCAUAAUGGCUAGUACCAUCCUGUAAACUAUGGCCAAGCCCUCCACUGUAUCGCUGAACAUUCCACUACUGCCAAUUCAUUGUAAAAGAAAGCAGCGGGGAUCACAGUAUUCCUUCUUGAUUCUCAUUGAUGUGGUACCAGUGCGCUUCCCAUUUCGUCUCCAAUGAAUGAAGACAACCUGUUGUCAAGCGGCUGUGAGCUGCCACAUCACUCCCCGCUGUGGCAUUAGUUCUCUGUACGGUUACACUUUUUGGCUCCCUUGAAACAGAAGUCCCUUUGCAACCAGACCUCCCAAAACAGGGCCUUCUGAAAAUGCCAUGCAUGCUCUUUCAUUCCAGCAGCCAUUUGCUAUGACUGGCUUUGGGUGUUCUCUUCAUCUUUGGUGAACAGGAAGUGCAAGUGACUUGAACUUACAGUUCAGUGCAUUUGAUAAUGCACUGAACUAUCCCAGCUCUUCCCUUAGCAUGUGCUUCCAAUGAAGGAAGGGACAAAAACUACCUAAAGUCACACUUUGGGCAUUGUGGCCAAAAGAAACGCAGAGGACAUGAAGUGUGAACCACUUGUGCUUCCUGUUCUUGUCCAUAUUAUGAAUGUAUUGAGCCACCCUUGGGUCAUUCCUUUGUUGGUCAAGGAAAGGGAGCUUUGUCAUCACAAUCUACAGUGAGCAGUUUCUCUAACUGUGCUUUGUCACCAUUUCAGGGUCCUGUUGGAAUUGCUGGUCCUGCUGGUCCUGCUGGUGCAAGAGGUCUUGCUGUAAGUUCGGAUUUUGUUUCGCUUCUGUAAUUAUGUCCUUUUGGUAAGAAGUCCCAUGAUGAGGACAGGAAUGGAGAUCUGGGUUCUGGAAAUCAAGUCAGAGGGUUGUAUAGAUCAUGGGGAAAUUUUGGCAUGAGUAGGAAGUUUAGAAUAUGGUAGUGGUCUUUCCCUUUGGUUGAAAGGUUUUAAGAUUGCAAUGGUGGGGUACCUAGCCUAACUCCCAUUCCUUAUGUGAUUGACUUGUGAGCCCUUUGAGGACAAAGAGAAAGCAAGCGUUGAGUGUAGUAAUUUUGAGAUGCAGGCUCAUCAAAAUGGACACAACCUGCUAUACGACUUAAGGCUGGAUAUAAGCAAAAACCAAUGCUUAGGAAACUUUCUAGUCCCAAGCAGGGCUUUUCUUUAGCUGGAACUCACCAGAACUCAGUUCCAGCACCUCUCAGGUGGGCACCAUUACCAUUCUAAGAGAACAAGGGAGGCAUUCAUGGUGAGUUCCAGCACCUCUUUUUCUAGAAAAAUAGCACUGGUCCCAAGCGAGGACUCAGGCUGUUCCUACUUAGACCAGAUCAGUGGUAGAGUAACAGAUUGGCAAAAAGGAGAGGGACCCUGAGACAUUUUGAGCCGCAGUCCUUGCUCAGCAGAAUUGUUUUUAAACAGAGGUAAAUCUGCUUUCUAGACAUGAAAAUGUUCCAAAAGCAAACGUACUUGUGUGUGUCUAAACAAACUCUGCAGGUGGAAAGCUCCCUGCAAAGAUUCUGUUUUUCACUUUUCCCUUUUUAUGCCCUCCACAGGGCCCAGCAGGUCCACGUGGUGAGAAAGGUGGUCCUGGUGACAAGGGACCCAGAGGCGCACCUGGCUUCAAGGGACACAAUGGACUUCAGGGUCUGCCUGGCAUUGCUGUAAGUGUGUUGUUCGCCCAAACAAUGGGGCGAAACAGCAACAGAAAUAAUAUAGCCUCCCUGAUAAUCAGCACAUUCACAGGGCCCUGCAUCAUUGGUAGCACGUUCUAAGGCCCUUCGGGAUUAGUCUGUGUGAAGGAGCUGUGGUUUUGCCUUUUCACACUAGAAGGAGUGAGACUUGGUCCACAUAGAUCAACAUCGACGACUCAGACUGGCAGCAGCUCUCUGUAGAGUUGUCGGCAUUUCCUUUCCAUUAGGCCAGCAAUUAAUGUUCAGAAGCAGAGACGUUGUGUAUGACUGAAGCCCAUCUAGAAAUCCUGCCCCAGUGCCCAGAUACAUGGGGGCAGGCGGUGGUUAUUCAGUGAGGGGGGCGAGAGACCAUAUAUGCUCAAUGGCAUGUUUGUCGUCAUUAUCACUUCCUGUUUCUCAGGGAUGGGACUGGACAUCCUGUUAUAAGGACAGCGAACCAGUCGUCCUUCAGAUGUCCUCAGCCUCUGACUUCCAUCACCCCUGACCACAACCUGGGCUGGCUGGGACUGAUGGGAGUUGGUUCAAUAACAUCUCGAGUUUUCCUUACCUUCUGCACCCUGCCCUAUUUGUUUAAAACAAAAACAGAUUUUGAGAAUCAAAAUAAGCCCUCCAUUAUAUUCCCUCCCCACCAUGAAUUUGCCAUUUGUGCAAGGAUGAAUAUUCUGCAUGGAAACAGGUUAAUACAGGAGUAAAUCAUGUUUUAAAAAACCUCUCUCCUUCCAACAGGGUCAUCAUGGAGACCAAGGUUCACCUGGUGCUACUGGACCUGCUGGCCCAAGGGUAUGUGAACACUCUCCCUUUGUGUGGGAUAUUGAACAGUCUUCUUCUUGUUGUUGUUGUUUGAAAAAAGUGAUUAUAUAUUUCUACAUUUCAUUGCUUUGGUGGUGUACUAAUCUGCGGGUGUUUCUUUGCUUGCUUCCUUCAGGGCCCUGCAGGUCCUUCUGGUCCUCCUGGCAAAGAUGGCCGCAACGGUCUUCCUGGACCGGUUGGACCUGCUGGUGUGCGUGGCUCUCAGGGUAGCCAAGGACCUUCUGUAAGUAUGAAACUGGAUGCUGAGGGUAUGGGGCUGAAACCAUCAAUUUUAACACAAGUGGCACCCGGCUUUCCGUGUUUGCUCAGAAGGAAGUCCCACUGCAUUCAGUAGGGAUAACUCCCAGGUAAGCGUGUAUAGCAGGAGUAGCCAAUGUGGGGCCCUCCGGAUAAUGUUGAACUACAGCUUCCAUUCCCCCCCCCCAAUUAUUGCCACAUGGGCUGAGGCUGAUGCAAGCUGGAGUCCCACAUCACCUGAAUGGCUACCCCCAGGACACAGGAUUACAGGCUUGAGUUGCAACCCUAUGCAGUUUUCCUGGGAGGAAGCCCCAAAGAAUGCAGUGAAGCUUACGUCUGACCAAACUUGCAUAGGACAGUGUUUCUUUAUUCUAUUUCAUAAAAUGUAUAUGCCACUUUAAUGUUAAAAAAAACCAAACCAAAACCUCCAAGCAAAUGUGUUAUUAGUGCAUUUAGUUUGCGAAACUUUAUUGGGUUUGUAUUUUUAAUUUAUUGGGGGGUUUUGUUUUGUUACCAUGCUAUUUGUAUUUUCAUAUUAUUAUUAUUAUUAUUAUUAUUAUUAAUUAUUAUUGCAAACUGCCCUGUGAUCCUCAGAUGAAAAGCGGUAUAGAAAUUUAACCAAUAAUAAAAAAGAAAAUAUUAUUUUCUUAAGUUCUACAAUUCCAGAGGCAUGCUACAUGAGAGUGAGCCACACUGAACACAAUGGGACUUGCUUCUGAGUAAACAGAUGUAAGAUUGCCCUGUAAAUGUUUGAAAUAAAAUGGCUCCCCUUUUAUUUUACUUUCUAGCCCUAAUUGGGCAUUAUACAGUUACCAGACAUGUGAGGAAGAGCAGAGACGAGCAUGCCAUCUCCACUCCCUCUGUCAUGUCACUUGGCCAAUCCCUGCCACCCUUCACAUAUUAGAGGGCAAAUGUCUGCAUCAGGGGACCCUGAUGUCCUCACAUGGGUCCCUUGCACAAGUUAGAAGCCUGAUCAGAAUUUUAGUUAUGAUUUUUUUUGGGGGGGGGGAGCAGCAUCAAACCUCUUCUCCACUAUGUGCUGAAUUCCCAGUUAAAAUUGCCCCCCCCCCCGGUGCCUGUCAUUAAAUUUUCAAAAUGCAACAUAAGUAGAAGAAACUCAAUUAAUGUGGAACAUUGUUUGGCCAUCGUCUGGUGUUCAUAUUACAUUUGACCUCACUCUUGCAAGACAGUGGUCAUGUUGAACCAGGCAAAGAGUCCACGCUCUCUGCUUAGUGAGUGCUUCAUUAAGACUACAUGUUUGGUGUCCAGCAUCCACUGCCUCAUCACUAGGGUUAAUGAACAUGGGCCACUUCUAUAAUAGGCCCCAGAGGAACCAUUUGAUGCGCCUUGCACUGUGUUUAGGCUCUUCGUGGGGAGAAGGGGUUGGACUUUCUGCACAAUUGAGUGAACUUGAUUUAAACAAAGGCAUGUUCAUUUCUGAACAUUUUUAGGGUCCACCAGGCCCACCUGGCCACCCUGGCCCACCUGGUCCCAAUGGUGGUGGAUACGAAAUUGGCUAUGAUGCAGAAUACUACCGGGCAGAUCAGCCAUCUCUUAGACCCAAGGACUAUGAAGUUGAUGCCACCCUGAAAACAUUGAACAACCAAAUCGAGACCCUCCUGACCCCAGAAGGCUCCAGGAAGAACCCAGCCCGCACCUGCCGUGACCUAAGACUCAGCCACCCAGAAUGGACCAGUGGUAUGUUAGUGCUAGAUGCUUGACCCAGUGGCUUGCUGACCAUGUAAUGCACUCGUGGGUGGGUGGCCAAUGGAAAUCUGUGUGUGCCAUUUGUCCAUGCAGCUGCCAUUCUUCCUUUUGUCUGGGAAACCUUUUGGUAGUAGCAGGGAGAGGCAGGUGGACAAACUACUAGACCAGGAACAGCCAAGUUUGUGCCCUCCAGAUGUUGAUGGACAACAAUUCCCUAGCUAUUGACUGUGCUGGCUGAGGCUGAUGGGAGUUGUAGGCUGACAGCAUCUACAGAGCAUCCUGUUGGUUACCCCUGCAUUAGACUGUCUUUGUUGCUCUCACAUAACUCUAUCAGCUGUGUUGGGCUAAGAACAGAUGGAGGAUCAAAUUUUUCUAUCUCCAUAAUAAAAUCUCUCCUUGUAGACUGCAGGAAUUGUAUUUAUCAACACAGCCAGCCCCAGCCCCCAAAUAAGCCCAUAUCAGGGGUUAUGGCUUUUUAUUUAAAACUACUGGAUCUCCCCCUCCUUUCUGUUCCAAACCCACACCUAAUUCCUCUCCACUUUUAGCCCUUCACAUCAACAAGUUAAUAAAUGGUACAACUAGAUUUAAACAAUAACCAUUAGUCACAUGUAAGUGAUUUUUAAAAAGGGGGGAUUUAAGGUUUCUGUAUUGUCCGUACUUGUACUGUUCCUAUGGCUGCAGCAGUGUGAGUAUUUAACAUGAAGAUGGGCUUACUGUUGCUUUUUAAAAUGAUAGGCUUCUACUGGAUCGAUCCUAACCAAGGCUGCACCAUGGAUGCCAUUAGAGUUUAUUGUGACUUCUCCACUGGUGAGACUUGCAUCCAUGCCAAUCCAGAAAGCUUCCCAGCUAAGAACUGGUACACCAGCAAGAACCCUGCCGAAAAGAAACACGUUUGGUUUGGAGAAAUGAUGAAUGGCGGUACUCAGGUGAGUUUCCAUACUGCAUCCAUUAUGAGAAAUGUGUUCUCUAAGGCCAAAAACAUUCUAGUAAGGAAGGCAAAAACCCCACUGAUUAUUUUUUAAUCCACACAACAGAUACAUUAACCCUGUUCAUAAGAAGGGCUCCCUGGCUGGAUCAGACCAGCAAACCAUCUAUUCCCACAUGUUGCUUCCAACAGAGGGUGCAUUUUGAUACAGGGAGUUUGUGACCCUCCAGACCCACUGGACUCCAAUCCUUCAUUGUCCCCAGCCAUAGCGACUAUCUGGAGAUUAUGGAAGUUUCCGUCCAGUGACAUCUGGAGUUGCACAGGUUUCCCACCCCAAGACUACCACCUCUGAAUCUCAAACUUCCAUUUAGCAUCAUGAAUUAUCGCCAUGGAUAGGGAUUGAGUGGGAUGAGGAAACAAACUCCCUGCUGCUGCUGCUGCUGCUGCUGCUGCUGCUGCUCCUUCUUUGGCCAGUGAUGCUUUGCCUGGAGCUUCCCAGUGGCCUUGGACAAAACUUAGUUUUGACGAUUUCUUCUCAAAUGCUGGUGGUACUCCGCCCCACCCCCCAAUUGCCUUGCCCUUCAGAGGCCAAGGUGUUCCAAGUUGACUUAUGUGCAAAAUGUAUUUCAUAAUAUGCGUGUGAUUUUUGACUGAAGCUUUCCCCCUCCCUUCCGUUUUUAGUUUGAGUACAACGAGGAAGGUGUAACCACCAAGGACAUGGCCACCCAACUUGCCUUCAUGCGACUACUGGCUAACCAUGCUUCCCAGAACAUCACUUACCACUGCAAGAACAGCAUCGCUUACAUGGAUGCAGAAACAGGCAGCCUGAAGAGCGCUCUGUUAGUGCAGGGAUCCAACGAUGUCGAACUCCGAGCUGAAGGCAACGGCAGGUUCAUGUACAAUGUUCUUGAAGACGGCUGCUCUGUAAGUACCAGUUUCUUCCUGCUUAUCAAUAUCUUUGAGUGUUACUGCCCUCCUACAGAGCCAGGUCACUUAAUGUACUUGUUAGAAUAGGGAGUCGUUAAGGGUUAUUUUGUUUAUGCAAGGUAAGUCUUCAGCUUUUUCAAGCACCUGUGAAAGGCACUACUAAAAUCUCUCCCUAUUGUAACACCAAGGGACAAGGGUGGCGCUGUGGGUUAAACCACAGAGCCUAAGGCUUGCCUAUCAGAAGGUCGGUGGUUCGAAUCCCCGCGACGGGGUGAGCUCCCGUUGCUCAGUCCCUGCUCCUGUCAACCUAGCAGUUCGAAAGCACGUCAAAGUGCAAGUAGAUACAUAGGUACCGCUCCGGUGGGAAGGUAAAUGGCGUUUCCGUGCGCUGCUCUGGUUCGCCAGAAGCGGCUUAGUCAUGUUGGCCACAUGACCCGGAAAAACUGUCUGUGGACAAACGCCGGCUCCCUCGGCCUGUAAAGCUCCGCAACCCAUGUCAACCCUGACAUGCUGGCUAUGCCAUUGGCUAGUGACAGAGGAGUCAAAUAUCUGGAGUGCCACAAGGUCCAUGCAGACUGCCAUUGGUGCUUCACACCCUACCUGUGUAUUCCCAGUAGUCAGAGACAUAAUUUAUAAGAAAAGCUUGACUUAGAGCCACCAUGUAUCAGUUACAUGGGCCUUGGAAAAUUAGCACUCCUGGAGAGCGAAGACUAUAAAUUAGUUGACCUGUGGAAUAACUCUGUUUAACUGGUACAGUGCUACCCAUCUCAUCCCUGCCCUGCCUUUUCUACAAUAAAACCCCCCAUUAGAUGAAGGCCCAGACUGUAGUGCUUGCUGCACACACAGAGGCAAUUUUUCACAAAAUGUGAACAGGAAAUACGUCUUUUGCAAAACUUUGAACACAUGGCAGGCACUCACAGAAAAGCUGAAAGUGCCUGUUUGGAGUGCAUCUCUCCCGUACAAAAUGCUGUUACUAAAGCACCAGUGUACAGGCAUCAGAUUGAAAAGCAAAUGUCAUGAGAGUCUGAGUGGUGUUAGUUCAAGAAUUGGGCAGUGGUGCUGCAAAGGAGAAGGGGAAAUAGAAGUGAUGGGAUGGAGAUAGGAGGCCCCUGGCAUGUUAGAUGAUGUGAAAUGUGCCGGAGGGUUGGACUAGUGGGUGUAUGUAGCAGGGAAGUGAAGCAGAACUCCUAUUGAUCAAUCAGUGAUCAAUCAAUGCCUGAAUAACUGUUCUGACUACUAUUUGCUAUUGCUAUCUUGCAGAGAAAGACGAACAAAUGGGGCUCAACAAUUAUUGAAUACAGAACAAACAAGCCAUCUCGCUUGCCCAUCCUUGACAUUGCACCUUUGGACAUUGGUGGCCCUGAUCAAGAAUUCAGUAUCGACAUUGGCCCAGUCUGUUUCAAAUGA